GUAUUUUGGGGACUUUUCCUUUAGUGUGUAGAGGUUAAUGAUAAUAGACUUGCAUUGUAAUAUCCGGGGGGCGGUGCAGAGUGGAGUGGGCGUGUCUGCGCUCCACUGCCCCUGCCUUCCGAUCAGGAAAACGCUGAAGGAGACCCACAGAGCCACACACACACACACACACACAUACACACACUCAGCCACACGCGCACUGCAGAGGAGAGAGCGGGAGGACACGAGCUCCACUGGGGAAUAUGUCAGCUUUCUCACACGCCGAGGGACGCAGCACGAGCAGUGCAGACACACUGCCUCUGCUUUAGCUCGGCACACAAACAUCACCCUGUCCCUGGUGCUGCUACUUGUCCAUCCCCGUCCCCUUUUCCCUAUCCUUCCUCCUCCUCCUCCUCCUCUACCUCCUCCUCUUCACCGUCCCGUCGCCAGGAUGGAUAAGACGCUCAGCAGUCCGCAUUCUUUGUCAAACAAAUCCAACUCUCCCUCGUCGGACCGGGGGAACUCAUCGUCGAGGAAGCCCGGGAAGACCGGCUCGCACAGCCCGGGCUCCGGCUCUUUGGGCGGCCCGGCCGGAGCAGGGGGCGGCCGGGGAGCUGUGCUGCUGGGGAACAGCAUGAAUUUGCAGCAGCAGCAGCAGGCGAGGAGGAGGCAGCUGGAAGGAGUGCUGAGCAAAUACACUAACCUGAUCCAAGGCUGGCAGAACAGGUGAGUAAGUACACAGAGGGAGUUGAUGGAGGGUAGAUUUACUCUCAUGUUUAGGGGUCAGAUCUGUGUGGUUAGUGUUGUUAUUUGCCCCGUCCACGUUGCACUUUUACCACCACGUCACCGCCAGGGGGGAGGAAGGGGAGGUGAGGGGGUUUAGAGCCAGAACUGAACAUAUGCUGCCUUUUGAUAAACAGUUACACAAACUGUUUGAGAGGGUGAAUCAACACCAACUAAUGCAGAUAACAAAACUUUGUGUAACUCAUAAACUUGACACAUCAUGUGGAGAUACUGUUGACACAUAACCUCCUCACUUGUCUUUCACUUUUGGUUGACAGUGUCAAAAAUGUGGUGACCCACUUGUCAAUGCUCGAUGCAGCUUGGUUUGGGAGUUGGUAAAUGUCAAACAAGAGCAGAGAGGGAAGAGAAACAAGACAUUUUCACGCCACUAUUCUGUCUAUUUAUCUGAGUGAGUUUGUGUCUAAACAUGGAGUGAAUUCGGUCUCAUGCCUGUGCCAGAUCUAGCAUUUCAAAUCAAGGGUGGGUUGGGGAUGGGAAUCGAGAACCGGUUCUUGUUGAGAACCGGUUCCAAAUGGUUCAGUCCAUCGACAUCAUUUACAUUUUACGAUUCUUUUCUUCUGCCUUGAAAGACGGUUUCGCGAGUGCCAGUCAGAGAAAGAGAAAGCAUGGCGGAUGGUACGAAAAGUAGGCAGAAAUGAGCUAAAGCGUGGCUUAAUUUUACUAAGAGAGAUGACAACAGCGCAAUGUGCAACAUUUGUCGAGCAGUGAUAACAUGCAAAGGUGGAAACACCAGCUACAUGCUUAAACAUUUGUCAAUGGGGCACAGCAUCAAAUACAUAUAUAUUUUUUUGUUAUCAGAGACUCAAUAAAAUUUUGAGUUAACGAUGAAAACCAAUCAAAGAAAGGCAUUGAUAAGGGAAUCGUUAAGGAAUUGAAUCAAUAAGUAGAAUCAAUAAUGGCAUCGAUAUUGAUAAAAUCUUAUCAAUUCCCAUCCCUAGGGUGGGUUGAUGAAAAUUAAACGAGGCUACUAUGACUUUAGAUUAUCCAGGGGAUACAGAAUCAGAAUAGUGCUUCUGGGGCUCACUUGGACACAACAAGGAGUAAGUAAGAGAUUUUAGGUGUCUAACACUUUAUCCCAAGCUUUCUGAUCAAUACCUAUGCACUACUUCUUGUGAUGAUUGCAUAAUCUGAAAAGGAAAACAAAUGUUAUGAAUACUUGCAUGAAUUUCAGAGGUUAUAUGACAUUUUGGAUGCAACAUGGUUAUUUCUAAUCAACAACUUCAUGCAUCAAUUAUGCUCAAAUUAUAAGGGCUCAUAUAUCGUCAGAUAUGUCAGCUAAUGUUAUUUUACUGCAGAUUUGAUCACUACAAGUGUUUAAGAGGUGCACUGUUCAAUAACUAUCUUGAGUUAUUCGGUUUAUAAGAAAAACGCAGCAGUCGACAUAAUGAUUAACUAACUGUUCCCGCUCAGGUUCAGAGAGUCAUAAAGAUAGGAUUAUUUACAAGGUAUUAUAUGGGACUAUAAAAGUGUACCUAAUAGUAACAAAAGGAAAGGUAUAAAUUCAUGUGGCCCUGAGAGCUGCUGCAACCAAGAAAACACACAAUAGCCAAACAUUUUUGGGCUGUAAGUAUGCAAAACCAAACCAAACACAAAAACGCCCAGUCAAUACAUACUGUCUAAUUAACUGAGCACACAAACACUCGACUUAACCGACAUCAACAGAAACAGUUUUUGCCUUCUGGGGGUCCUUAAAGGUUCCUCCCACAGCAGAGCUCCAAACUUCAUGUCUAUAGGAGGUCAGUAGAUUGUGUUUGUUUUCACUGUAAAUGUAUGUUGACUCUUUUCUCCCUCCCUCUGAUCCAUUCAUUGUUAGUGGGUUGUCUGUUUACAGUCUGAUCGGCAACUUGAGGGUGAGAAUGGAGUUGAUGGGACACAUAGAAGAGAUUGUUAGCUGCACUUAUGAUUAGAUAUCUGUUUGAAGACACUGAGUAAGACUGUUGAUUUGUAAAUCGUUGAUGUGUAGAGCUUUAAACGUUUGCCUUCAGUUUCUCUGAUGGUGGCGCUUCCAUGGCGAUAGAUUCUUAUCAGCCUUCUUGAGGCACAAACUCAAACUCACAGACUCCUACAGGAAUGUUUAUGUUGACAUUUCUGUCUUUACUUACCUCUUCUUCCUUUUGCAAACCUCCCAAAAUGCCACAACUUUAACAGUGCUGCUAUAAAUAGCGCUGCUUGUUCUUUUCACUUUCUAGUCCACUUGCUAGCUCUGCUAUUGCCUGGAUUGCAGGACAGGAUACAAUAUUACAGAUGUCCUCCAUGUUGUUUAGCCAGAUGAUUGAGAAACUAACAUUUUUGUCAAUGGUAGUGAAACAUGCCAGACUUCUGUUAUAAUAUAAGAUGUGUGUUCAGGUGUUCCUGAUGUCACUUUUGCUAUUGAGAAUAAACUACAAUCAUUAUUAGGAAUGCAUGAUAUUAUUAGCAUGAUAUCCUAUUUUAGCAGAUCAUAGCCAAAAUAGAUAUUUGAACAUUUUUGCAGAUAAGAUGAUGCAUUUAUUUUGUGCUCGCUAUGACAGCUUAAACAGUUUGGUUGCAUGCAUUGUUGGAAAUAGACAGUAGACGUAUUACUUAAUGUAUUUAUUUAAGGAAAAAAAGCAUUUCUCAUCUGUGAGAGAGUCAAAUACUGUUUGUCUGGUUCUAAAACAAAUAGACUCACAAUAAGAAUAACAGGUCAAUUCUGUUGCAUAAGAAAUUUGCUUUCUUUAAAAGGAGACUGUAUGUGUAAGUAUCAAUAUCAGUAUGAACAUUUGAAAGCAUGAAAUCACAGCCCCAGCCUUACGGUGUCCUCCUGCUUGUUCCAGGUCCCUGUGGUUCGUAAUAACCACGCUGUUACUUUAUUUUCUUCCUUUGAACAGACGCGGUGCUCAUAUCCUGUGGCUGUCUGAUCCUCUGCAGUCACUCUCAUAAUAAGGAACAUCUCAGCAGCAGCGACUGUGGAGAACACAGCAGUUCAUUAUGUGCUUGAUGCAGCGUUUAUGAGUUCACCCUCUGCUCCGUCCGAUUUGCUCAACUCAAGCUGCUAAAAGAGUUUCUAUGGGAAGCUUUGAGUGAGUUUUCGAACGUUAGUAUAUAAUUGAAGUCUGCACCUGUUGUUGAAACAUCUACCUGUGUUUUGAGUGUUUAGGCUGAUUAGAGAACCUUUUCCUGAGCUGCAGAAGUUCUGUACGCUUAACAUGAAUUAUGCAUGGUUUCUAUUCUGCAGCUGUGAUUUGGGGAAUAAAAUUAGCCCUUUAUAAGCAAAAUGUGCUCAAAAAUAACUUAACUUGUUGCCGCUGCAGAGGAAAAGGAAGCUACAGUGUUCUUAGUAUGUGGGUUUGAAGCCAGUGUGUUUGACAGACUGGGGAGGGAAAGGAAUAAAGGGGCAGGGAGGCGGAGGUGGAGAGCUCCUCUAUUCUCUCCCAUUAAACUGACAAGCAGAUGAUGCACUGAACUACAGCUUGAUCUGCGCCCACAGGAAUACAUGUUGAAAGACACACAUGUUCAUGUCAGGGUGGUAAAAGUGAGCUGGUAUUGAUGAAAAGGAAUCUAUUCAUGCUGGAUUUGUCGUCUGUGGAGCACAUGCAUGCAAACAAAUAUCAAAGCAUGUUAAGAGUUGUGUGAAACAAGCGGUGAGUUUGUAGGCUUAAUUGUCACCAGGAAAUGUAUGAAAGGGUCGUUUUUUCCCUCUCCUGGGUAGGGUUGGGAAUCGAGAAUCGAGAAUCGAUGGGAAUCGGGACUAAAACUUCGAUUCUUCCGGUAUCGUUCAAAUAUUAAAAUUUCGAUUCCAAGUUUCGAUGCCAGAGUCCGCCGACCGGAAGAAAUAGCCGCCGAAAAUCAACGAAGAAGAAGCCGCUUAACACCAAUGAGGACGGAGCGUAUGAGACGAAGCCACACAGAGAGAGGAGAGAGACAGAGAGAGAAAGUACAUUGCAACCCACAGCAAUGCAGCCGCUGUGGGUUACAAUCUCUCUCUUUCUCUCUCCUCUCUCUGUGUGGCUUCGUCUCAUACGCUCCGUCCUCGUUGGUGUUCGGCAGCUUCUUCUUCGUUGGUCAAAAGUUUGGCUAACUUUAGCAGGAAGAAUGAACUCUUAUCUCAAUGCAACAUUAGCAAUACAGUUAUAUCAUGCAAAGGAGGGUAAACGACCAACAUGAUUAAACACCUCAGGAUUCAUGGAGGAGAAAUACCAGAGUGCUCGUCUUUGACGCGCUUCGCCGGUGUUGUGUCGUAGAAUGCACCCCUGACGGGAGCGCGGUUGAAAGUACACAACAAGGCGAAACAAUCCAAGUUUUUCUUACCGUUGGACGGAAACUAAAGCGUGUGCCUUUAAUGAUUUCAUUCAGGCUAUUCAGAUAUGCCGAAAACAAUCGCCCUCUGAUUCGGAAUAUUUACUGUCCUGAAAAUAUUAUGUUCUCUACAUUAACAGCUUAAUCUACAGUUUAUUUACCCAAGUACACCUUUAUGUGUGCAUUUUUGAGACACAUACAAACAAAACGAAAGUUUACUGCUCCAUUUGACACGUUUUCAUGAUCUAAUACCCGUGUUUUAUUAAAUAUGAGAUCAUAUUUCUUCCACUAAGAAGCUAAUCAGUGGAGGGGAGGCAUUCUACGGCAGGGGUGCAUUCUACAGCACAACACCUGUCUUCCGCUAACCAGUCAGGAUCAGAUAAGUGAAACAAUAAAUUACUUCUGUCCUCUGCUAACUUUGAAACGGUAAAGAAAUUGAACUGUGUACGGUGAGUAAACUUAAAUAUCCACCUUACGUUAGCCCUUGUACUUUUUCAUAGACAAACGACCUGAAAACAAAAAUUGAUAUUUAUAUACUGGUUGAAAAUAGCUCUGUGAGAAAUUCAUAGUAAAGUUCUUAAAAAGUUAAUAGGAUUUAAAAAUUCAUGGAGAAGUUCAGAAAUUUCAUCCAAAAACAAGAGCCCCGGUUAGCACCCUCAUUCAAACCAUGAUUUUUUUUUCUUUUUUCUUUUUGAUAUCCUGCCUUUUAAAAGAAUCGAAUUAGAGAAUCGAUAGGAAUCGGAAUCGAAAUGAGGAAUCGAAAUUGGAAUCGGAAUCGUUCAAAAUCAAAUGAUACGCAACCCUACUCCUGGGUGAUGAUACCUGCGUGGUUUCGGUUACAAAGUGCCCUGAGGUGAAGGUCUUAACUUUCAAGGGGAGAUUCCUUUGGUUCAUUGACUGGAGCAGACACAGAGACCUUGAGCUCAAUGGAUGUAACACAGAAACACCCUGAAAAGACUCUUUGUAGUAUGUAACCACAUUUACUCAGUGCAAAGAAUCCUUUCUAGCUGUAAAUUAUCUCCUGAAUCACCUCAUCUGCUGUCAGGGAUUGUAAUUAUAAUCAAGAGUUUCAGCUCAUCAGGAUGUUGUUUUGAUGUUUCAGAUUAGCAUUUUAUUACAUUAAUGCUCACAUUUGAUUUUGCUCCAACUGUAUGGAGUUAAAUCACCUUUUUAUGUCUUUUAAAGUGGGCUUAAGUGUUUAAUGAUCACAUCUUGUUCCUUGCUGGUCUGGCUGUUUCAAAUACAGCUCACAAACAGGAAGUGAUUCAUGAUGGGGUUUAAGGUGUUGUUGUCACACUAAUGUACAGAAUAUUAUUUUUGGCUGCACUUUUAUUCCUUCUUUGUUAGUCUUGGUUGAAUUUAUUUGAUUUAACUGUGUUGUUUUAUUUCACUCAAUGGAGGGCAACAUUUUAGUUUUUAUAAUUAGGGCCCAAGCAGACGCUGCAGCGGGUGAGAGUCCUAUUGAAAUUGCAGGAAUAAUAAUAAUAUUAUUAUUAUUAUUAUUAUUAUUAUUGUAGACUUUCAUCAUUAUUAUAGACUUUCAUUAUUUUUAUUUUUAUUUUUUUUUAUUAUCACAAGGUUUUCUUUAAAGCUCCUGUGAGGAUCAUCAGUGUGUGUCAACUUUGGCGCCCCCUGUGGACAAUACAGUGUUUGCUUAUCUUGUCCUCUAGCGUCUUUAGACUUCAAAUAUAUUCUUAUGGUGAUUAUAUUAUGUGAAAAUAAUAAAAAAAAAAGUUUUAUCAGCUGCUCUGCUGACACCUACCCCCUCACACCAGCUUCAGCCAUUAAAAACGAAGAAAUACAAACAGUCAGUCUUGUCCCUGAUGCUCUUGUUUAGUUUUUGAUAUCAUGAAAAGAUUGAGUUUCAGCCAAUUUCAAAUACAUAAAAAACUCCUUAUAGUAGCUUUAAUGCAGCCCUGAUACUCUGUUGUUAUUUCAAAGAUUGAGUCAAAUGAGAACAGCUGGUCUGGCAGUGUGACUAUAAAAGAUGUUAUAAUGUUUAAACUGACACAUUAUUGCAAAACUCAUGAAGUGAUAAAAGCAGCAGCAUUAUAGAUGUAAUCAAAAGUGUGCUUACUGUUGAUUCCCCAGGAAAUAACCUGCUGUGUUAGCGCAUUACUUCACCCGGAAAUCACAAACUUCGUGCUGGAGGGGGGGCUGGCGUUAAAAAAUGCACAUGCAGCCAUCCUGGGUAAUCUCAGGGCGUUUCAAGGAGUGCAUAUGGAGUUGUGUUGAAUGUCAAAGACCCAACUGUCUGUUUGCUUUAAAAUAAUCAGUAACAGUUACACCCUCUGCACCCUCCAAUGAUUAUAGAAGAGUGUCCAUAUAGACUCUUGUAAAGUUUGUGAUGAUCAAAAUUACACCCUCUUUUGUGGCUGUUUUUCUAGCUCAAAGCUGCACUUAAGCUCAUUGGAAGAAGAGAAAUAUCUUCUCCAACAUUGACAGACAGGUAAUAUCUUUAAGUGCUCUCAGUAUUUUUAUUUAUAGUAACGUUGGAAAGAGGAGUGGCGGUGCGCUGGUGGCAGACGGUGUUGGAGUUAAUUACAGUCGUCAGUCACCUUCCAAUAUUCGUCAUGUGUAAUAACAUAUUUUAUAUGUGUGUGUGUGUGUGUGUGUGUGUGUGUGUGUGCGCACUUGGCAGGCGGCGUCGUGGUGGGCAACAGAACUGAGUGUAGCUAAUUCUGCCACUGUGUGGGAGGCCAUGUUAGUGUGAAGUGCUGUUAUUGUGUGUAGGUGCUUUGUGUGUGUUUUAUGUUGGAGAAAAAGUGCUUGGUAGCCGUUUCUACACUCGCAAAUAGACGAAGUAUGUUCAGAGUUUGUUUGUGAGGACCUUCUGGGAUAUGCAACAUUUCCUAAAAUCAACACCUCGACUUAAAGGUUCACUAUGUGACAUGUCAGCAUUCAAAUAUGUCAACAACUAGCAGAGACCAAACAGUUAAUUAGUGAGAAUGAUUCGAUGGCUUUGAGAUUUGCCCUUAAGUUAGUUGGAUUUCAGAUAUGUUGACUACCAUCACUUGGCUUUACGACAACUCUUCGGAAACUAAUGAGUAACCACACUGAGAAUACAUCAUCAUUUCUUGAGAAGGCGAUGCAGGAUGAGAAAAUGAGAGGUUAAAAGUUCGAGAAGUGACUGUGCAGAAAGUGAGAAUGAGAUUUACAAGAACUUUUAUUAUUUGCUGAAAAUCUGUCAGGAAAGUGUUGCAGAAGUUGACAAGGGAAGUUGUUUUUCUUUCUUUUUUUAGGUUGUGAGCCAAACAACCAUGCUGCCGCUCGCUAUUUCUGAACACAAACAUACGGUAUAUGAUGCCUCGUACUCUAAACAGACUGAAUGUAGAGUUUAAGUGAUUUCUAGCUGAGCCUUUGGACUUUUUAUUAGAGAUACAAAUAUGGUUGGAGUGCUACAGAAUAAAGCUGUUGGAUAUGCUAAAAGUUGGGCUAUAUGCGUUAAAUUGAGUUGUUUUUGUACUUGUGUGAGACAGUCAAAGGCUUAGGAUAUUGUAGAAGGAGGUGGAGUUAGUUCAGGUUGAUGUUAAAAACUGAUUCAUAUUCAAAAAGAAAACGUGUCUGAUGCAGGAGAUAUUUCCGAGUCAUUCGAUCUUGCACCAGUUUGGCUGCAGGUCUAAUAAUUUGUUUCAUAUGCAGGUCAUUCAAGGAUUGCAUAAAUAUCUGAACAGCCAUUGCUCUCUCAUUAUAUCUUGAUGUCACGACCGUUGGCUGGAUCUGCAAAGAUUGCUCCAGAUUCAAAGUUUGUUUUCCUAAGUGGUCAAUGGGGUGGGGAUGAAAUAUCUCUCUGCAGAUGUGUUAGCCGAAAAGCAGCACCUCUGUGCCGUCUGAUCAAAGCUGUGAGUCUGAGUUGUGCAGCUCUGAAGGGCUGGAAACUUACUGUGUUUGAUUUCUGUUGAUUAAAAGUCUGAUUAGUCCUUUGAUGCUCUUUUAAAUUUUGACUAUCUUGGCUGCAUACGUGCUGAUUUUUUUGCAGGAGUUGACAAAAAAUCUCAAUUUACUUCCUCAUUUUUUUCUGAGCUGACUCUUGCGUAACUCUUUCCUCAGAACUAGAUUUACUCUGGAAAGUUGUUACUGCACUGUAAAAUAUCUGGUUUCCAAACUUCAAGUCAGAAUGAAAGAAGAAAAGUUUAAUGAAAAGGUGUCAGGUCCCAGUUUCGUGGAAAAUGAGCUAGCUUAAUCUGCAGAGGACGACCAUGUGAUAUUGUUGAAAGAAAGCAGAGGUGUUUGAGGAGAAACUUUACCAACUGCUGUUAUUAAGAUCAAGAAUUUACUGUUUAACUAUGUUUUUGUAAUAAAAGCCCAGACUAUAUAACCUCCAUCAGUGAUGAGAUUUAUUGUCGAAUGAGAAAUUCCUCCCUCCAUAUAUAAGCAUUGUGAGUCAAGUUUUUGUUUUGGCAUCCCUUAGUCCCAUUAGUAGACCAAUUUUAAGCUGGAAACAGAUGGUUUUGGACUUGCAUUUAAAGCCCCUGUGAGGAACUUUUGGUUUUUGUCAGUUUUGGUGCCCCUUGUGGACAAAGAAGCUUUUUCCUAUCUUGUCCUCUACAUGCUUUAGUAGUAACUUCAGAUGACAAAUCUCAUCCUGCUGACUUUUGACUGUCAUAUGUAUCAGUUAUUGUGAAUGUUUCAUACAGUAAUGUGUCUGUGUCACCUACCUAACCCUCUUACACUGAUUUUAGCUGGUAAAAAUAAUGGUUUGAAAAUUGUCAGUCAUGUCACAGAUGGUCUCGUUUGCUUUCAUUUAUCAUCAUCAAAGGCAUCACUUUGAGUUUCAGUCUAUUUCUUUAACUUUAAUUUACUUCCUCAUAGAGCUUUGAUUCUUCUGACAUUAUAAAGCUGCGUAUUUUAUUACCAAACAUGUUUGAAUUACAUUUCUUAUCUUCAUUGGGUCCUAUUUUUUUCUCUGAUCCAUUUUUAAGAAGUGACUGUCAAAUAAAGAGAGAAAACAAGCUGGGUGGAGACGUAAACUCUGCUGACAGGCUGUUUCCUCCACCAACAAUGUUAAUGCCAUUAGGAAAUGGCACAGUGAAUCUGUUGAUGUGGAUAAAUGUCUGUGGCUGAGCCGAUUUCGAUUUAAUGGUGUAAUUAUUGUCAUAAUGGUGAUCUAUUAGAAUGAUAUCAGCAAAGAGAAAACAAAACCGAUGAGUUUUCAGGAAGCUUCAUGUCGUUAAAGAUCAAGCAUCACGUGGAUGCUUUAUUACAUUUGGGAGUUUUUAGUCUUUGUCUGGUCUUUGGACAGGAUUGUGAAGAGAUAAAGAUGAUGUUAAAGCCCGUUUCUUUCAGGAUAACAGUCUAGAUUUGCAUAAGAAGGCAAAAAAGGGGUGUGGCUUAUUUGACUGACAGGUAGGCACAUUAUAGCUCUGUGCCAGGAAGCAAAAGGCCUCUUUGUCUCAUGUUAGGUUGUUCCAGGUUUAGGUUGAGUUUGAAGCACGGAGACUCUGCGGUCACCCAGAUCAGCUGUUAUCAGCGCUGCUAUGACACAAGAGGCUGAAUGUAAAGCCCCAGGUUCAACCGGGCACCAUCCAUCAUGUCAAAGGUCUGCAUUGUGGCAAGAAUGCCUGAAGGGGUCAACGGUAAACGCUUUGACCGAACGGAGGAUAAGACAUCACAAACAGUGUACUCUGUCUGCGUGAGGGGAAAAAGAGAUGGCUGGAUAGAAUCUGACGCAGGCAGAUUGCUCCCUUGGUUGGCUGUGGUGGGCAUAAAUCAUGAGCUCUCUUGGUGGUAGGGGGUAAGACUGGAGCGGGGAUCAAUUUUCAGAGAGCUGUAUUCACUGCAUCCUCUCAGGGGAGGGCUCAUGAUGUGAGAGAUGCAGGAGCAGAGUUAUCAUCUCUGCUUUACAUGUACAUUUUUGAGCAGUGAAUACAUUUAUCAUGUUUUGUCUUUGAACACAUUUCACUGUUUCAUGUACCAAGAAAAUUUAUCAAUCAGUUUUUACAUUUUUCAUGUUUUAAGGGAAUUACUGUCUUUUUUAACCACUUUUAUAAGCCACUAAUUAUAGAAAUCUAAAUGACUGUAUAAUGAAAGGAAGGACAAUGUCACAUAACAGCAUGUUUUGUAUGACAGUGAAUUAUAAAAAUUAAAUGUAUGGUCAGAAAGAAAAUUUAGUCCAGCGCCACCAGACUAAUUCUCUUUAGGAAAAGGGUCUUGAACUGUUCAGUUCAUUUCAGUGUAAUCAGAUUUGAGCUGGCUGAUGUAGUGUUGUGUUGUUCACAAAUGAUUAGUUCAAAAGAACUGAAUCUUUAAAGUGAACGUACUGAACCGAAUCACUUCCUCAAGUGAUUCGUUCGUUUCUCACUUCAGUUGAGCUGUCAGUAGGGCAGAUGCUAUAGCACGCAGCAUUGCCAGGUGAGCAGCCGGCGAAUGAGGGAUCGCAUGAACUGAUGCCUGAAUCACUUGGUAAACGAAUCACGCUUUGAACUAUCUGGAAUCAUUUUUGUAGGACAAAACUAACUUUUUUAAAAUUUUUAACUGCUAAAUUGCCACCACAACAACUUUCAUACAAUAGGACACAGCAUGUAACAAGUAGUGCAUUAAACCCGCAGCAUCCUAUCAUUGCAGCGGUUUGCGAGGGAACGGUGAAUGCUCAGUGUGAGUUCUUUUAAACGUUCCGUGAACGAAUCACACACUGAACCCAAUUUACCGAGCAGACCUGAUAAAUAGCAUACCAUAGGACAGUACACUUAAAACAUCAUGACUUAUAAACAAGCUCAUUUUUACAAACCUGUUUGCCAAAGCAUCACAGCCAAACACUCUCAUCUCCCGGUCCCAGAAUCUCAGCCGUGUAUCAGUUCAGGAGGUCGGAGUCACAGGCUUCUCCCGCCAAGCACUGAAUGAUUCAGUGAUUGGGUGAACGAAUCUUUUUAGUGAACUGAUUCUAGUGAUUCAGUACAUUUAAAAGUGCUGCCGUGCCCAUCACUAGGCUGAUGGGUCCAGCAGUGCUCUUCUGGGAAGUUUUAAGCAUCAGAACGCUUUAUUUUGUUUGUGUAAAAAAACACUCUACUUUGUUAUGAAAAUGCCCAAAUUUUAACUAAAAAGCUUAUAAAUAUGAAACAAAUUUAAGAGCAACCUUAAGUUUGUGAGGGAUUUUAAAAUAGAAAAAAAAAAUGAUGCACUGCUCAACUUUGUGCAGAAUACUGAUAAGGGAUGUUCUGAAGCAACUAAUUUCCCAUAAAUGGAAAUUAAAAAUUCCAACUUUCAGACAAAUCCAAAGAUAAAAAUACAACAAAGUUUUUCAGGACUUCAGGAGUUUUUGGUAAACUCAACAUGGAAGAAAAGCAUCGAUUAGGAAAAUGUGAGAAUUUCAGGCAAUCAGUAACAAUGCAUGCAGGAUUUUGCUGGACCAAAAGGCACAACUAAGAAAAUUCCUAAUAUUUCAAGCCACUUUACACAAACACAGAGAGGUCAGCCAAAGCCACAGAGAGCUAAUCUGGCCUGUGCUGAGCUGCAGAACUCGAACAAAACAUGAAGCAGAGCAGGAAAUGAAACACAUCCUCUUCCCUGUGUCUCAGCUUAUGUGUCUGUUCAGUCUUGAAUCUUCCAGGCAGCGAUGAGCGAGGCAGAAGGAUUCAAUUAGUUGACGAUUGAAUGUGAUUCAUUAAUCACAAAGGGGGAAAUGUGGGGUUUAAUUUCCACGCUUGGAGCUGGGAUGACCACACUAAUUGCUACCUUGAGUAAUUCUGAUUUGAGCUGCUGGCUGGAUGUUGUGUGAAGGCAGGCAGUAAAAUGUGCUCAUAUGGGUGUUUUUAAAGCAUCCUGCAUUUGAAAAGCUCUGUUGAAUAAUAUCCUGAAGGCACUGCUGCAUGGGAAGGGAGGAAUUGAAGGAUGUUAAAUGCGUGUUUUUCACAGCAGCUCUUUCUUAUCCUCUCUUUUACUUCCAACAAAAGUUUUUCUGGUAACAAGCUGCGAUAAUGAAAGCAUAAAACAAAAAUAUGAUAAAGUUUAUGAUGUUUGCCAUUACUUUCCUGACUCCUCUCUCUCUGUCUGUCUUUUAGGUAUUUUGUAUUGGAUACAGAGUUGGGACAGCUGCAGUACUUUGUCAAUGAGCAGGGAAGAAGCCAGAAGCCCCGCGGGUCCCUGCCCCUGAUUGGUGCCUCCGUAACCCCGAGCGACGAAGCUCCGCACAUGUUUAUCGUAAACUCUGUCAAUGGAGAGCUGUAUAAACUCAGAGGUAUGCCCUCACACAGGCCUCAGGAUGCCCAUAUAUGGCAGAGUGCAAACUCUGUGUGCAGUGUGUGUGUGUGUGUUUUAUGAUGGAGCAUCUUUCUUUGAGUGCAGUGUACACACACAGUUAUGAAUUAACUUGUCCCUUCUGGUGUUUGUAAAUACAUGAGAGCGGUCACUGCUGUCCUAGUUUGGACCUUUGUCUUCAUAUGAGUAUUGAAUAUAUUUCUAUGCCCUUCUUUUUGGAUAUUCAUCAACAAGUAGAAUAAUGCUAAAUCACAGUUUGUCGUAAGUGGGUCAUGCACACUCUCCUGGAAACGAGGAUAAGCCACCUAAUGAAGACCAUGGUGUGAAAUAUGUCUUUGUGGCUUUAAAUCAGUGCGCUGGCUUGUCUUCUUUUUCUCUCUGCUGUAUGCAAAUUUACCCAGCAUAAGGUGGUGAUGUUACACUUACCUGGCACUUAACCUUAAAGGUAUUGUCAUCAAUAUUUCCGAUUAACAUCAUAUCAAUUUACUUUGUGAUUUGUUUACUUCCUUGGAAAGUAAGUAAAUACUUAAUUCUGAUUGUCAUUAUUGUCUCUGUACCAAUAAUGACACCAGGGUUAACCUGAUCACACAUAUACACACAUUAAAGCCACUGUAAGGAGUUUUUCACUGGUUGUGAAACAGGCUGAAAUUAACAGUGAUGGCACUUUAUGACCUUUAGAUGCAAACAAAACCAGUAGUGACAUGAAGGACAACUAUGAAAAAGUAAUUUUAACACCUGUAGCUGCUCUGAGGAGGUGGGAUUUAUGACUCUCUGAAAAAAAUGUGCAGAAGUUGGAGUAGGGUAGAUUAAGUAAGUAUGUAAGAUUCAUCAAAUUACUGACUGAAAUGAAUACUAAAGCCUCAUAUGAUUUACAAAAGCAAAUAAAAAUCGAAAACAAGAGUGAAUAUUUCUUUACUUAUAGAAUUUUUAUAAUGACUAAAACACCAAAACAUGUCCAGUACAAGAGCAGUAAAAAUAAGCUGUACCAUCUUUGGCCACAGGGGGCGCCCAAGUCAACACAAGUCUGAAACUUCCCCACAGGAGCUUUAACUCAAAACCAAUCUUCAUAGGAAGCUGUUUGUGGCCGUGAUGUAAAUGUAUAAUAUCUAUAAUUUAUUGGUGAUAAAUGUCAGCUCUAAUUCAGCCUGUAUUUGCUGUGAAGCAGAUUUAAUUGUUGAAUUUCUGUCCCAUUUUGUCAGCCAAGUGCUUUUUAAACAUGCCUCCCACCCACUGUGAAUAUACAGUUUUGUAGCAUAGCAUCUGUGUGGAAAGUGUCACUCCGGCCAAAGACAGUCUGAAGGGAGCUGUCUCUUUUAGAUUGAGCUCCAGACAAAGAGCCUGCAGCUGGUCACUGUGUCUGAAGGCCUUUAAUGUCUGUGACCUGUAUCCACUGAUGCGAGAGAGGCUCCUUUUUACUGUUGCUCCACUUGAGCCGCUGGAAUGUCCCCUCCAAGUCUCGAGGGGGAGGAUAUCAGAAAAACUUGGCCUAUAUUCCCUGAAUAACUUAGUCGUUCGUGUGUAUUGAGUGAAGAGCAAACAAUGAGCCCACAGAGAAGAAGAAGAGGAAGAAGAAGAGGGAGAGUUAUGCUCAAAGGCAGAGUGGUAUUUCCAUUUCUAGCUCCUCAGUGAGAUUAAGGAGUGAUCAAUGAAGUCAAAGAGAGUUAAAAAGAAGAUUUUGUUACAGCCAAACGAACAUGGACCCUUUAAAUCUUUGACUGGUGUCGAGACCCCAGACUUCCAAAAAAAAGGAUAAAAUAACUUAUGAAACCCCGCAUUCACUCUGCUUGAAUGGCAGCAUUGUACAAAAAACUUCAAUUUGCGCAAACAGUGGGGUACAAAGCGCUCACAUGUACACCCACAACAGCCGGUGAUUGAGAUUAGCCUCUACGCCUCAGAUCUGAUUUGGUUGCCAUGGGAAACCCCUGAAAGUUUUCCCUGAGGGUAAAAAAAGUAACUUUAAGAUUCAUUCUAGGGCCCUUUCUUGUUAUUUUUCUUUUUUUUUUGGCAGAGCUUGUAAGCUGCGUAUCAUCUCACCAGAGUCUAAAGCUUUAAAGGCCACCUUUAUUCUCAGGUUGAUACCUUUUCACAAGAGGGUGUAUUGAACAAAAUGUCCCUCACUACCUGGUGGGAGGAGAUACUGGAUACACAGUAAAAGGGCAAAGCUUCCACUGGGGAUAGCUGCUAGUUUUAGUUUCAUUUAUGCAGUUUAAAGUUCACCAGAUUUGAUCCUUUCACUGUCCAAAAUCCACAGGCAGAAGUUUAUUUUUAUCUCUAUUUUUUACUUAUCAGGUAAUACCAAAGUCUCUCUGCUUUUUGGGUGAAAAUACUGGAUGAAUUUCCUCCUUUAAUGAUGCUCUAACUUAUCGUAAAUCACAUAUAAUGUAGUAUGAGAUCAAACUUUAGCGUUGACUCUAGACAGGAAUGGACGACUUUCUCCAGUCUUACAAAAGUGAAGCCAAAAUAUCCCCAGGUUGGAAACUGACACAUUGUGCUGGUAACACACUGGACCUCAAUCACUGUGAUCUCCAUCAAUUGAAAUGAAAUAACAAGUAACUGUUAACAAGUGGAAUUGUGGUUUGAGUUUAUUCACCAAAAAAAUUAUAUAAAAGAUUUGGGUAUGUCGAGAGAAGUCAAAAAAAUUACUUUGCUAGCAUCUUAAUAAUCCCCCUAUGACAUGAAUUUGCAGUGCCCUGAAGAUCAAUGGAACAAAUAUUUCAGGAGUACAUUUAACAAACCAUGAAAAACUUUUCACACAAACACAAUUUAAAAACAAAACAAAACAGAAAUGAAUUAUAAAAAAAUAUUACAGGAAUGUAAAUGAAUAUUAAAAACAACAAUAUUUUGAAAACUCAAAGAAUCUUUAAACAGAAAAAAUAUAUGAGAAAACAAAUUAUUUUGAAUACAAAUAAAUUCAAAAACAUAUUUAUUUUCUCAAAUGUUUUAGAUUUUUUUAUUGAUAAAUGUCUCCACAAUAUUUCUUUUGAGAAUUUAUAAUUUUGUUUUAAUAAAUAUAUUGGCUUUUUUUUAAAACUAUGAAGGAUUAAAAAUUUCAUUUAUUUCAUAAUUUUUGGUGUUUUCCAAAAAUAUUUGUGUGUUUUUCUAACUAAUUUGUGUCUCCUUAUUUUUAUUUUAGACUCAUGUGAAACAUUAAUGUGAUUUGUAAAACAUUUUCUGGGUUGUUGAAUUUUUUUUUUCAUUUAAUAAAAUAUUUUUGUGUUUUAUGAAUUAUCUAUGUUUUGCCUUCCUAAAAUAUGUGUUCCUUUGACCUUCAGGGCCACUGUAUUUAUUUGACUAAAAGUAGAGAAUACUUAUGAAACCAAACCAACAACCUCAAUUUCAUUACCGUCUUUGUGACAAUUUUGUUAUGAAUCAAAUGUUUCUUGGAAAUGCAGGGAAACUUUAAUUGGAUCCAUCUUGGUAAUUUAAAGUGUCAUAUAACAGCCGUGAGGUUUGCUUGAGAAGAAAGAUGUAAUUAGUUGGUGCAGAUAAAUAUGAAAGAAGUAUUAAUUAUCUGAUGGAGAGAAACAGUAAGACCUUGUGUUCUCCAGCAUAGGUGAGGAGCGCUGGGAGUUUAAUCAUGCCUGAUGGUGCUGACAGCAAAUUAAGCUGUUUUUCAUACCACAUCCCACUGAGACAGUGGGCCAAUAAAAAGGUCAAGUUGUAUUCAGGACAGCUUUAAAACAGCCUGAUUUGGAUGCACGACGCACAUUUGAGAAGAACCAAAAUGAAAAAGAGAUAUUUGUAGCGUUUUGUGGUGGGAGCUUGUUCUUAUGAUUAAAAUCAAAGACAAUACAUGACCGAAAACCUGCCGAAAUAUUCAUAGUGUUUGCAACCUCUGCAUAACCCCAACCCAGUUUAUCUUUCAAGAGAGAUAGGCUGUGUUGACACGGUGCUUAUUCACUGCACAAAACUGUAGAUGAUGGUCUUGUUUGCUUCUUAAAUCAUUUAGAUGUAACCGAGUUGAGUCCACUCUCUUGUGAAUCCAGUGUUAAACUCCUCCAGUGGAGCCCCAAACAUAAAGUUUUAGCUACAAUAGAAAAUUCAGACGAGUACAUCAUUAAUCCAGAGGCACUUACAGGAAAGGUCCAUUUCUCUGACUGCUCUAGCUGUAACCAUAUUUCCUGGUAAUAUACGCCCAAGGUUCCUCAUUCAUAACAUCUUCCAUCCCUUUAAUCAAAUCUAACCACCAUUACAAGCGUUAAUCCUCUAAUUUACUGUUAUCUUCACCACAGUGUCUUUCCCUAUGCUGUAAUUAAAAUGGCUCUUAUAACUGAACGACGAUGGUGGGGCUGUGAUUGACUGAAAUCGAGGUCCCUAUGACUCAGUCGUGGUGUUCAGCUGUCUCCCUGGGAUGGAUAUUGACAUUUAAAUAUGACAUGCAGGCCAGUGUGAGUCUCUAUUGUCACUCACUUUAAAUUGGAAGACGGACCAGCUUCUCAUUUCCUUGUUAGUCCCAUCGGUUUACAGCUCACAUCUCCAGCAUUCAUCAAAUAAAUAGAGCUGUCAGCAUGUUCCCUUAAGGUCCGCGGCUCUUGUGACACAAAACCUGCUUUAAAUUUUUUUAUCUGUAUUUUUCCUGAAUUAGGACAGCCUGUCCUGCUCUCGCUAAGCAGUGUGUGUGUAUCUCUUUCGUCACCAUGUGAACAGAUGCGUAUUAGCAUAGCCACACAGUGCUGCACUCAAUACAGACAACUAAUUAUACUUAAUCAUAGGAAGGCUUGUGCACAGCGCUGAGGAAAAUAGAAGAUGUAGACUCGCUCUCUUUCUCUCUCUCUCUGGGUUGGCUGGAAUGGCGUCAGAGAGAUGGUAACUUGGUAUUUUAGCUGAAAGACAGCUGGGCCCAGGUGCUUCUUUCUGUGUGAAUACUCACCUCCUUAAGAGUUGAGAAGCCUCUGGGAUCACGUCUCGAAUGCUGCUCCGAGUUUCUAUGAAGUCUCAUUUUCUCCGAGCUGCCUCUUCAUUCCAAGAGGCCUUUUGACUCCGGUUGCUGUUGCAGAUGUCUUCAGCGCGAGUGACUGACAGCCGCAAAUUGAAUUCUCCAUACGUCUGAGUAAUUUUCAUCAGUGUGUCAAAAAAAACACUUGUCACGUUUCAUAGAUUUCAUUUACUGUUGAUGGAAUUGCUCAUAAAUCUGAUGAAGCCAUCCAUCUUCAUUAUCGACUCUCUAACCGUGGGUGUGUAUCCUUUUGCACAUUUGAAGCUUUUUCCUUUGAAGGGAAAAUACCUCGAAGAAAAUGUCAGACUUGGAAAGGGAAGUGUGAUUUUAUCUCUUUCCACCUCUCAGAAUAACAUUUCUGUCAUUGCUUUUUUACUUUAAGUUAGUUUGUUUUUUAACUUACAAGAAUUCUUCGUUCUUAUUUAAUAUUUCAUGUAACCUUUAUUGUUGUUAUGUUUAACAUGUUUUUAUUGUUGAUUAAAUUAAGAACUAGUAGUGCAGAAAAACCUUCAGGAAUGAUACCUUUCUUUCUAAUUGAGUCUUCGUAAUAUAUCCAGUCUGCAUUAAAUGAUUCUGAAACAUGCCCUACUGUACCCUAUUGAGUAGUCUCAUACCAUUCUAGUCCAUUCUGCUCCUUGUUGUGCUGUAUCCUAUCAUGUUGAAUAUUGAAUUGGUUUUGUCUUGUAUCUUAUUGUGUCAGGUUGUAUCGUAUCGUAUCAGGUUGUAGCUUAUUAAAUUUUAUUGUAUCACAUUGCCUCAUAGUGUGUCCUAAAGUAUUUUAUCGCACUGUAUCACAUUGCACCGCAUCACCUCUAAUCGUAUUGUACCACAUUGCAUUGUAUCAUAUCACAUGGUAUGCAUCGUGUCACACCAAAUCACACUGUAUCGUAAAGUUCGUAUCGUAUCGCAUCCCACCAUACUGCACCCUAUCGCACUUUGCCAGACAUUAUCGUAUAGCCUUGUAUCGCACCAUAUCAUGUAUCGUUUCACACUGUAUCAUACCAUAAUGCAUUGCACUUUAACAUAUAGUUUUGCACUAUAUUGUAUCGUAUUGUAUCGUUUCUUUUCGGAUUGCAUUGUAUCCUUUUGUAUUGCACUUCAAUGUACCAUAUCCACCAUAUCUUAUUCUAUCGUCUCGUGCUGUAUCAGAUCGUAUCGUAUUGUAUCACAUCGUGCUGUACUGCAGUAUAUAAUAUUACACUGUAUCGUAUUAUACAGUUUUGCACCGUACUUUUUCGUACUGUAUCAUAUUUUAUUGCAUCGUCUUGUGUCUUUUUGUAUCGUUUCGUAUUAUUUGUGUUUCGUAACUUGUUCUUCCAUAUAUGGCGUAGUGUCAGAUCCUAUCAGAUAGUUUAAGUUCAUGUCAUUUUGUAUCCUAUUAUAUGGUAUAUUAUCACUAAGAAUCAUACCCCAGUGUAUUGCGUCCUGUUGUAUUGUAUCCUGGUGUAUCAUAUUGUACCAUAUCAUAUUGUAUUCUAUUGUCCCAUAUCCCAUUGUAUCUCGUCUUUUCUUAUCCAUACAUUGUCGAAGCAGGUAUUCCUGUCAUAUGAUCUCUUUUGAAAAAGUCACAGUGAUAGUUGGGUGCCGGCCCUCCUAUUAAAGCUGUAAGAAAAUGAGUUUCAGAUGCCGUUGGACAACAAAGUGUGCUUUUUAACCGAGACCCUUUUACUUCAUGUUUCUUUGUGCUUCCUGUUUUGCAUUUUGACAAUCCAAUAUGCUGCUCCAACAAGCUGACACAGCCAAUGAAGUCUUUUAUUUUUUGUUUGUAGUUUCAUGCCUGACAAGAUUCUUUAGAAAAUUCAAAACAAGCCAAAAUUGAGGAGGUGUUGCUGAAACAAGCUUGCCAAAACAAGCCACACGAAGAAAACGGAUCAUAUGUUAAAAUUUUGAUCAACUUCAUUGUAUGAAUUUUGGCAAGUGAGCACAAAGAAGACUCUUUUUUUUAGAGAGAUUUAAGGUUCAUGAAGACAAGACCCUCUCUUGAUUCUCUGUAGAGAUGACACUCUUGUUUGGAUCUGAGUAAAGUCUGCUGUUUUGGCAGAAGUGAAGCUUUGAUUCAGUCAUCGUUUGAGGUUUUUGACCUUCAGUUGUAUGAGUCAUGCAUUCAUGCAAGGUGCUGUAAAGUCUGUGUAUUUUCUGUUAGUGUGAUUGUGUUCAAAGAUCCUUGAGAAACCGUGACUACUUUAGAUGGCAGCUCACAGUAUUAAUGGAUAAGUUUAUUUUACAGACUAAUUGAUUAAAUCAGUUUGGGAUAUUUAAGUUAGAGUAAUGCUUUUUGGAGUGACUUCCUAUGAGUCAGUGAAAUAGGAUCAGAGGAUAUUAUUUUCCCUUUCUGUCCUGAAGAGGGUCACCACAAACAGACAGUCCUUCAGCUGUGAGAACCUGCCCUGCUCUCUGUUAGUCAGCAAGUCUGAGCUCUCACUGGCCGUUCGUGUCCUGAUAACUGUGUGCAUCGUAUUAACUAUCAAAGUGGAAAACCACAGUCAUGUAGAGUAUCAUGCUGCUUCUUCUGCUGGAGAAGAAAAUUGACUUAAUGAAUUACUGUGUUUCUUGAAUCCUGAGUGUUUAAUACUGCAUAGAAGAGCAAAAUGAAUGAAGAGGGUCAGAUGUCACGCCAGCCCUGACGACGGUAACAGGAACAAAUGGUUGGGUAGGCAGUUGGCCAGUUAAAUGAUAAUGUAUAUGGAUGGGAUCACUGACGUCAAACAGGACGACACUGAUGUAACACACAGCUUUAGUCAUGCUUUGUUCAAAGUGGUGCAGAUUUGCAAUGAGUGCCUGUUCCUGAAUAAUAUCAUGAGCUUUUAUAUUUACAAAUACACUUCAAGAGUUUAAAGCGAUAUAAUGAAAUGUUGGACUACUCCUUUAGGGUUUUGUGUCCUUGUAUGCUCCCUUUUUCCUUUUCCAAUUGAACUCGAGAGAGUACUUCAAACCUAAAACCCUAACAAAAGACUGCUUCAGCUGACAAGAGGGACUGCCUCCUGAAAUAGAAAUAAAGCUGCACUGGUAACCUCAAAAAAUCCACCACCUGUCCUAAAUGUGGGUUUUGGUCUCUGCCUCUUUUCCUCUCUGUAAACCAAGUUUGAGGCCAAACUCUAUAUAUGACUGUGUCAGUCUGGUUAAACCUGCUGUGGUUAUGUUAGAGCUUAAAAUGUUGACAGGAAGGUGCUAAAGAUGAGCUCUGUGGUGUGUGUUAGAGUUCUUUUAAUUGAGGUUUUAGUUCAAUUUAUUGUCUCUUUAUUUGAUUGUUCAGCACUUUGGUCAAUUCGAGUUGUUUUUAAGAUUUGAGCCCAAGCUAACGACUUGAGCUUGAACUGCAGUUAUUGAAUCAACAUCUGAUUUAUUUAUCCAUCUAAAGUUUGAACCCUCCUUCAAUUUGGGAUUUUUUUUUUUGUUGCUUUUUCUGUUUUGUUUUGUGAGUUAGAUUUGACAGAAAAAACACUUCACAUGACCACUUACUUUUGGUGUUUCUUUGUAUCUCUGAAAUUAAAGGACCUUAUUAUUAAAUUGACUCAUUUAAAGCUCCUGUGAGGAUUUUUUUUUUCACAUUGAAGAAACAGACUGAAAUUCACACUCAUGUCUCUUCAUCAGGUGCAAAAGCAAACAAGAUCAUCAACACCAACAAUGACGAUUUUUAUAUUACAAUUAUUAUGCUUGAAUCUGGUGUAAGGGGGUAGGGGUCAGUAAAACCUGUGAGAACAGCCCUGCAUUCAUCUUAAUUAAUGAUAUGUCUGACUGUGAAAAGUCAGCAGGAUUCAUUUUUGUCAGAAAUCACAGCUUUAGCAUGUUGGGGACUUGAUAAACACAGACUGCUUUGUCCACAGGGGGCGCCAAAAUUUACACGAACCUAAAGCUCUUUAACGAAGCUUUAAAAAUUCAAUGUAUCAUUCACUUAAUGCAUUUUAAAACAUCAGCUAACUUUAAGACUCAUUUCUCUUUUAUAUCACAGGAAAAUACUUCAGUCAGAACCACCAUUUAUUAAACCUAAAAUAAAAAAACAUACAGACUUAAAGCUGUGGAGUCACACAGACAAAGUGGUUUUAAAAAAAGAGCAAUUCACCUUAACCUUUAUAACUUUAAUUUUGUAUUGUUGAAUUAAUCAGACGAUAGUGACACACUGAGAACGACGGUCUCUCAAAUAAAGUCUGAUUUAACUUGUAGAGGUCACAGAACUAUCACAAAUACUGGAUGUUAUUUUCUAAGUCAAGUGAAGAUGCGUCUGACUCUGCAGGUUGUUUUUAUCUUCACCGUGACUUUGAGCUCCUGUUGGUGAUUUCUAAAGUCUAAAGUAAAGACGUGUAACUCUGUUUGUGCUCUUUUGUUUUCUGUCUUUCCAGCAUCUGAUGCCAAAGAGCAGCAGUUUUGGAUCAGUCAACUUCAAGCAUGUGCCAGACGCCACUCAGACAGCAGUGCCAAGGUAAAAGACACACACACAAACGCACACUCCUGUCAGCACGGAGUAACAAAGUUGUAAACAUAAUCCUGGUCUAAGCUCUUAGCAUGUGUUCAUCAGGAAGAGGAGAGGGUGGAAGAGCCUUGACAUUUCCCUCGGGGGAUUCCUCUCCUCUUCUGUGUCUGUGUUCAGUGUGACAGCUUACCUGACCUCAGAUCAGGUUCAGGAGUUCAACAGUUAGUGGGUCACCUCACAGCUUAAUAACCUCCUGGAACUGCAGUUAGCUUCCACCCCGCUGACUCCGGCUGUUCUGCUCGGAAUUUACUGACUAGUUCUAGGAGUCUGAGGCAAUUCUUUAUUCCCUUUCCUGUAGAGAUUGAAGAGACUGUAGAGUUUAAGAGCUGCUGAUACAGUUAAGGGUAUCUCAUUAAGGGUAGACUGAUUAUUAGCCCUGGCUAAUAUCUGGUUGGCUAAUUGCCUGAAUCUGCGUCUGUUUUCUCUUACCAAAUCUACCGCCUACAACACUUAAGACUGGAUAGAGGUCACAGGAUUGUCCUAUUAAGAGUAACUAGCUAAUUGUUCACUUAUCUUUAUGAUGUGAAAAGUUAGAUAGUACUACAUAAUAUAAUAUAAUAUAAUAUAAUAUGAUAUGAUAUGAUAUGAUAUAACAUAAUAUAAUAUAAUAUAUUAUAAUAUAAUAAAAUAUAAUAUAAUAUAAUAUGAUAUGAUAUUAUAUAAAAUGAAAUAUUAUAAUGUAAUACAAUACAAUAAAAUACAAUACAAAACAUGUAAUGUAAUAUAAUAUAAUGUAAUAUAAUACAAUACAAUACAAGUUAUGUUAUGUUAUGUUAUGAAACGCAACGUAACUUAACGUAACAUAAUGUAACAUAAUGUAAUGUAAGAUAAUGUAAUACAAUACACUACAAUUCAAUACAAUAUAAUAUAACAUAAUGUCAUGUCAUGUAAUAUAAUAUAUAUAAUAUAAUAUAAAAGAGAAACUUUAUUUAAAUUUUAAAAAAGCACUUUUAAUAAAUAAAUUGUCAAAGGCAUCAGAAAAUAAGUUUUGUGUUGGAGUUUGUAAUGUUCUGCAAUUAAGACAGUUUUUAAUUUAGAUUCAGAUCAGAUCCAAAUAUCAGUUCUUGGUCUCAUUAACUUCUUAUAAUUGGCCUUUAAAAACAAAUAUCUGCCAGUCCUUUCUUCUGAUUUCCUUUAAUUCUGCCUUUCUUAUUGGCCUGCUUUAAUCACUUUUCUCUCCAUUAAGUCCUUUUUAUACUUUUAUCCAAACAAAUCCAAAGCUUGUUGGUAGAUUUGAAUCCAUCUCUUGUUACAAGGUUAAAGAUGAUAUUUGAACAAAGCAACAGACAAAAAGUGAGAGAGACCUCCCAAACAAUCACAAAUGGAGUUAAAAGGGCAAAUAAGGGACAAGAAACAUCAGGUCAUAUAGAAAUCCAGGUCUGACGCUUGUUUUGCUGAGCUGAUCUUCUCCCAGUCAUUUGUAACUGCUCAUGCUUUUCCAGUUCAGGAAUAUUUUUAGCGUUUGACAGACUGAUCUAGGGAAAUAAAGUAGCUCACUCUUGCUGCUUUUUUUAAAGGAUGAAAGCGUCACUUAACGUCCCUGGUUUCACGACCCUCUUCAAAGCUCUGUGGGCUCAUUUCUUAUAGAUUACCAUGCAGCCUCUUAAUAGUUACUGCAGUAUCCACAGCCAGUUCUUUUAUUUUGGGUUUCACGGAUUAAAAUUUGGGCAUGUGCAUUUUUUUUUUAUCAUAGGCUUCAGGGAUUAGUGUGUGUAGGUGGGGGUACAUCCCUAUUCCUCUGAGUCAGUGGAGAAUGAGGCUUGUUAUAGAGCUCCUUCUGGAGCUCUGCUGCAGGUGAACCAACAGUGCAUGAGGGCAGGUAAUAAUCCAAACUUUUUUAUCUCUGUGGCAAACUUCUAUUAUUACAUUUUGUGUGUAAGCUGCAGAGACAUAUUUUCCAGUUGGAAUUCCUGCUGCAGCUCCGGCCGAAUGAGCUAAAGUUGAGGAAUCUUUAAUGCGUUUUGGCUGAGCAUGAAGUUUUAGGAGUCUGUUUGAUGGUCGGCGUGUAUCCCUGAUGAACACAGAUGUCUACUGACGUCAGAGGCUUCUGCUGACGUCCGCUCAGUGUUGAGAAAUGUUGUAUUGAUAUGUUUACUGUUAUGAAAAAUACUUAGGGUACCAGUUUACAAAGAGCAUCUGCACAAGGACAAUAAUAAAAGCUUAGUGAUGCGAAUUAAGUUUGAGUUUUAUUGACUCUAUCUUGGAGGUGUUGAUUCAGCUAUUUAUUAAAAUUAUAGGUCAGACUUUGAGGUUUUGUUGUUCUGACUUUCACUGAGAGCUUUUAGAUAGAUAGAUAAAUCCUUUUUCAACUAUCAACGGUAGAAUUCGAUUGCGUACAACUUUUUGCUUUGAUGGAGCUCAUUUCAAGAGAUAUUACGCCCUUGAGUGGCGUUAUUAUUGAUCAGAUUGUUUCUUCUCCCCUUAAUUGACGGCGAUACAUCAAAGACGACCGGGGCUUCAAACAGAAACAGAUCCAAACUAAAUGGUUCCUGUGGUUUCCAGCAGGCAGCAGAUAUAGCAUCAGGUCACUGGAAUAUUAGCUCUCUUGUUUUUGCCCUUUGGUGUCUCUGCCUCUUAUCUUCCUCUCUGCUCGACUGGUGUCUGUGUGCGGAUUGUAUACCAGCUUAUAUUGUUCACCACAAGAUUGUCUCCUGAUUAGACCAAGCCCUGAAACUGUUACAACACCCAAAAGCUCCCUGAGAUAGAAAAAUGUACCUAAAUUAGGGCAAAAUUCGUGUAAAUAUCGAGUUAAACUAAUCAGAUAAGAUUAGGUUUAGCAUGGUUGAAACACAGUUCCUCAAUAUAGACUGUAUAUACUAUGGACAACUUGGUUCCACCUCCCGCCUGUAUACGGAUUUGAAGCCAAAAAGCUCUCGGUAUUUCUGGAUUUUUCUUCAUUUCCUGAAACCAGCGCUGCGCAGUAGCGUUGUGCGCAUUCGGCGGGAGAGUCACAGAGAACAGUGUAUCCCCCUGGUGAGCUACGCAAUCCUCGUACACCCAUAGGCUGUAUCAGGUGUCAAUCACAGAAAACAUGAACCCCCUAAUAACUUUUAAAAACGGAGCUUCACAGAAAAAAGAGGACUUGAGCACAAAUCAGUCUUACUGUAACUACAUGUCAACACCUCAAGCAGGGGGGAGAAAAAUUUAUGUUCUGUGUAAUUAACUUCUAAAGUUUGUCCACAGCUCCAUAGGGAUUGCUGGAGGAGGCGGGAUUUAUGACCUAUACUGCAGCCUGUCACCAGAGGGUGCUGUUUUCGGAGUGGCUUCACCCAGCGAGGAGGCAGACUGUCCAUUUUAUAUACAGUCUAUGAGCACGACAUGUAGUGCUGUCCAUGGUGCUGAUACGACUGACAUUACGUCACAAACUCUGUCACCGACUUUGUCUUGAGUCUUCAGACUGUUUGUGGAAGCGCUGUGAAGUUUUACAGUGUUGUGUGAGGCUGUAUAAAUCAGUUUGGAGAUAAUAAGGUGCACUGGCUGCAGGUUGCAGGUGGAUCGUAAUGCUGUUUUAAUGAUUUCAUUUGGACUUAUUUCCCCCAGCCACUUUUAACUCAUUUAUAAUUUUUCAAUUAUUUUCUCUGCUUGUUUGUGGUUUCAGGUGAGAAAGCUGAAGGGCUCAGAUGAACACCUGAGUGUGGAACGAGCCGGAGGAGGCCAGGAGGUGCUGGUAAGCCACACACAUGCGCGCGCACACACCUCAGAGGAGAAAAGAUGUACCGCUCUUACAGCUUCACAAACACGAUGAAGGACAAGGGUCACCCACUCAGAGUAAUCUCCACAGAAACGCUCUUUCACGAGUCCAUUAAAACCAUUAACUACUGCAGCCUCAUUAUGCAUCAGACAGGUAUAUUCAACAUGUAGAUCCUCGCCGCUUUAAACUGCUGCACAGCUGGAGCAGAGGAGGAAAGUCCAAUUACUCUGCUCAGCCAUGAUGAGAAAAGCAAUCAAAAGAAGAGAGAAAAUUGGAUAAGCAAAGAAAAAUGGGAGGACAGUCUUUCCCUCUUUUUUUCUUCUCCUGCCAGGCAGAGCUGAACGGGUGUUUUGUUCCUGUUCGUUGACUGCGAGGCUUUGCCGAAGCAGCAGCUGUUAUUACUGUACCCACUGCUGUGGUCUAAUCCGUCCCCGAGCGCCGCUGUCUGCCUCUCAGAUUGUUAUCGCAGCCGCGGCGGUGAUGAGGCAGCCAGCGGUGCAGGCUCAGCUACAUCUCUGAUAACGGACCUCUUAGACGAGAAGGUGUAGCGAGAUUCAUUUGUCGUAACAGAAAAAGAGCCAGGAGCGCGAGUCUUUAUAAGAAACUGAAUAAAAGAAAGCUGACACCUUUUAUAUUGCUGAUCGAUACAGAUGCAGUAAACACAUUUAUCAAACCGGGCGCAGGAAACUGGUGGUGUUUGGAAAUGCUACUUGUCUUCUCAGGAUAAAUAAUGCAGCGUUUUACAGAUCUAAAUCGUAGCCCGAGUAACUUUCAAAAGCUGUUCUUAAACUUUUGACAGCAGCAGCAGCAACAACAAAAAGAAAACACACCAGGAUGCAGGAUAAAAUUGCCUUUGAGAGCUCUCCGUCUACUCAGACUCACAACCUCGCGUGUGCUCAGUGUUUAGCUAGGAAGCACAUGUUCACUCAACUCCUGACAGGAAGGGCACCAAGAGUCAAACUGUGGACUGAUGAUCUGGUGAUGCUGUUUACUUUCUGCUUGACUAAAGAGAGCUGAUGAGUGUACAGCCCAGCUCCUGCCAACUGUGGUUUUUUCAGAAAAUCUUCACCCGUCGAAGCCUAAAUGCUGCUUCUCCGUACACUAAAUACACUCAUUUGUACUUCUUCUAUGGUGAGCAGUAUUUAAAUCAAAAAGUAUGUCCACAGGUAUUUAAAACUACUUUCUCAGACUACCACCAAAAUAAUUACUGAAUAGCUAAUUGUGUGUAAUUAGCGUCUCCCCCCCGUAGUGUAGAAAAUGACAGGUCAGCAGUUGACCCUUGGACCAUCUACCCACGCUGCCUCACGCAGGGCAGAGUCCACCCACACAAAGCCUGCUGAGCACCAGCCAGGCACGGGACUUUUUACCCCUCAGCAGAGUCUGGCAGGCACAUUUAGCUAUUAUGUAAUGUAACACUGAGAGACUGUAGUCCUUGUGGUUGUAUUGCAGAGAAAUGAAUCGAAGAGUUUUUGUACUACAACUUUGUUUUUAAAGCUAAAACUUAAGUUCUUGUGCCACAAUUUAAGGAAAAAAAGAGAGAAGUCAUCACUUUUUUUUGUCUGUUAAAUGAUCAAAAAAAUAUCAUGUUCACCUCUGUAUUUUUACUCAACAACUUUCUGCAACUCUUGUUACUUUUUUCUCCUUUCUGGGGGUCUUCCUGACGGUUUUGGCGCUCUAAACCUUGGCAUGUCCUUCUCUUCCUCCUGCUGAAAAUGCUUUGUCCUUUUUUGUUCUUACUCCACACAGAUUUGUCUCAGCAGUUUGAACCUGUCAAACCUCCAAAAUGAUCUAAAUAGUAUAAUUUUACCCUAAUCCUCUAAGUGUUGAUGUAACAGUGAAAUGCUAGUCGUGGGUUGGGCUCCCUCCGGUCGUUAUUGAGAACCAAAGAUUGGUUGUUCCUCUCUUCGGGUUGUUUAUUUGAUUCAUUCUGAGCUGACCUCUGUGCCCUCCUGAAGGAUAAAUCUCUGUUUCUGUUCUCCUUUCGCUCCUGUAAUCUAAUAAAGACAGAAAAGAGGAGUGCUGUUCUGACAUCAGUGUCCGUGUGAGCGCAGAGGUCAGCCAGCGGAAGAUACACGAGUCACAGAGGGGAAGUGAAGGAGGCAUCAGAGAGAGGAAUAUGAUGUGACUUUAGCUUCGACCCAGAAAACUACAAAACAGAAACAUAUAAGACUCUCUUUUUACAUAACUCAGCCAAACACACUUCAUAGUCUGGACUGUAUUAGCAAUGUUUUCUCUAAUGGGUCAAUUUCUUUCUCAUUUGACUGAACAUUUGAGUAGAAAUCGAUUCAUUUAUUCUUAAAGACUUAUAAUGCAAGAUACAACUAAACAAACAAACAGGGAUACCAACCUGAAAUAGUUAGAAAAAGUUGUGUUUCUGCAGGCUACAUAAGACAGGAUAAAAAGCCAUAAACAUAAAAGCUUCUUGCUUUUAUACAAACUUAAUUUUGUUUCUUUUUAUGGUUUAUCUGAUUCUCUGAGUGGUGCUGUGACGUUUCUCUUUUCACCUUAAAGCAUGAAAUGACUUCAGAGAGCAUGCUCUUUCUCUUUAACAUCAUUGUGGUCCUUUAACAUUUAAAAACCUCCCUCCUCUUUCCUCCUUCUCUCUCUUCCUCUUCCUGGAUCAUCUCCUUUUUUCCCCUCCUUACUCUUAAAGGGCUCCUCAUCCUCCGGCCGGACACGUAGCUUCUCCCUCCUCCCUCACCUAACCCCAUCUUCAUCUCCUGGUUCUCAGAGGCACCUGAGCCACGCAGCCUCGCCCGGUAACAUCGUCACCAUCACCCACCACAAAUCUCCUGCUGCUGCUCGGCGGGCCAAGAGUCAGUACCCGGGACGGCUGCUGGAGGUCAAAGAGGUGGGUGUUUGAAGUGGGCUCCAGGAAUUCAGUCAGAUUUAUGUUCACAGAUUUUUCUGAACAUGUCUCUCGUAGAGGAUAAUCAACACAUUUUUACCAUUUAGUUAUAUUUUAAUUCAGCUAAAAAUUCAUUUUCACAGCAUUAGUUAUCAUGUCUGUCAUUAUGGGUAGUUUUGCGUUCACUAAUUUGUGGGGAUCCACUGAUCCGAUAUUUGGAUCAGAUAUCGGCUCAGAUAUUAACAAAUUAACUGGAUCAGAUAUCGGAUGAAUGACGCCGAUCCAGCGUUCCGAUCCAGUCUUUUUUUUACUUUAAUUAAUUUUUCUUUUCUUUUUCUAAUUUUUAAUUUUUUUUCAACAAGGCUAAUGUCAAACCUGAUUCCUUCACUCACAGGGCAAGGUAUACAGUUCAUUCAUUCAACAGUAGUGUUGGAUUGGUAUCAGAUAUCGGCCGAUACGCUCAGCCCAGGUAUCGGUAUCAGAUUGGAUCGGUAAAAAAUGGAUCGGUGCAUCUCUACUAAUUUGUCACUUAGAAACUAGAACUUUUUUUUCACACAAUUAAACAUGUUGAGAGCCAAGUACAGAAAUACUAACUUGUUCAUUUACAAUAAUAUUAUAUCUUACAGGGGAUACAUUUUGAAUAACAUCUGUUUAAAAAUAUAUCAUAGCUAUUAUAAUAUGAAAAUAGCGGAUUAAGGGGAAAAUCUGAUUUGUCAGAUACACAGGCACAGAGUAGUUUUCUGUCUGCUAAGUGCUGCUACAUACCCAAAUCUCAGCAAUCACAGUUUCUUAGUGUGUUAACUCAAAAGUUUCAUCAAAUAUCAGAAACAAACAAUCAUUUCCUCCUCGAUGAAGCUCAUUUUGAAAGUUUGUCUGUUUUGAUAAUUGGAGACGAACUCUUGACAAAAGCUGCUCUGUGCUUUUUGUGGCCUUUGUGCAUUCAGAGUCUGCACUCUGGUCUCAGGUGGGAUGGUGGUGCAGUGAGUUCAGCAGAUAUUUCUGGCUCCCUGGCAGCCUUGACACUGACUGCAGUGUGCACAGUCUUCACUAUAAGUUCAGCUUUGUUUGCAUUUUUACCGUAUCUAUCAGAUCUGAUUAACAUGGCUGGUGUAUGUUGUCGUUCUGGUGUGGGAAGUGUGAGUGUGUGGAAAUCAACAUAUGAGAUAUAAAAGUGUUAGACACUCCUCAACAUGGUGUCCUGCUAAUCCGUAAAGGUAUAUAUACAUUGAAAUAGUUUUUUCCGCUUCUAUCAUAACAAGGGAUUUGUUUUUGAUUUAUUUCGCGCCUCAGAUCCUCAUUAAUUCUUCCUGCCUCACUCACCAAACUUGUCACUUGUGGUUACCACUCACCCCUCACAUUCAACAUCUCCAUUCACUCAGCACAGCCUUCCUCUCGUCUGCUUAUCUGUCGGAGAGGAGAUAGUUUUCCUCCUGUCUCCUCUUAAUAGCCCAUCUGCUGCUGCUUUAUGCUGAUUAAUUGGAACAGAUAAAGCCUGAAGUUAAGCUAAAAUAAUAAAGGUAUGAUAAAGACGACGUUUCAUACCCGACUGUCAAAACUAUAGAGCAAUUACCUGCUGCAAUAUUUGCCUUUAUUCUCCUUUUUCAAGAAAUGAACUCUUCAGUAUUGUUGCCAAGCAGCUGUGCAUCUGGUCCCUGAAUUAUGUAGAUAAGAUGACUUAACAGUUCGGAGGGAGAAUAAAACAUUGACGAGGAGAGACAAGAGGAUUUCUAAAUAUAAAACUCUUCUGCCCGAACACAAUGUAGAAACAGAGGAGAGAAACAGAAGCUGACAGGGAAGAGGAUGCGUCUGUUAUUGAGGAAAUUGUUGCUGUAUCCCCAGAUAUUGCGCUCUGGAUAGUUUUGUUUUGAAUGUGGAAAUAAAAGUUGAACGCAAGUUUUGUAAAAUGCACAACUUAUCAAAAUCAAGAUAAGAUUGAAGACUGUGCAGAAUAUAAUGGUAUUGAGUGGUGAUGAUGCUCUGUCUAUGAAGAAUCACGUUUGUCUUUUCUGGGCUUCUAUAGAAACAUGGAGGAGCACCAACUCUGUUAAUAUGAAAAACUAUUAAGGUAAAGAAACACGCCAGUUUUCCUCAGGACAGCACCGGUGAAAGAGUUCAAAUGUAAGUUGAUAGAUGUCCAAGUUCAAAUCAGUACAAACAGGAGCUGUAAACGAGUGUUUAUAUCAGUGCAGUGGUUCCAAAUCUGAGGCAGUGAGAUCUUAAAGGGAUAUUCCGGCAUAAAAUUAGGUAGUGCUUUUCUAAUUAUACCAACUUUAGUAAUGACUGCAUGUCAGCCACAAAUAAUGCUCAGAACAGCACCUAACUUCAUCAACAGUACAUAUAGGGUCUCAGCCAUAGCACUAGCCACAAAACAUCUUUUUAGCUUCGCCUGAUUUCUUUAGCAAAGAGACUAAAAACAACUCACCUACUCUCUUCCAGCAGCCGCUUGUUUGUACAGAGACCUCAGACGAGUCCAUUACAGACUGCAGCGGGGUGACACAGCUCAAGGAAGAACAUUUAUGAUUAUUUAUUUAUCAUUUCCUUGAAGUAAUAAUCACCAUACUAAUCAUUUUGCGCUGCAGACGUGGUAGUUCUUCUGCCUUAGCAUCUUGGUCUGUUUGCAUUUCCAUGAAGUAAUGAUCAUAAAUGUUCUUCCUUGAGCUGUGUCACCCCGCUGCAGUCUAUAAUGGACUUGUCUGAGGUCUCCGUGCAAACAAGCGGCUGCUGGAAGAGAGUGGAUGAGUUGUGUUUAGUCUCUUUGCAAAAGAAAUCAGGCAAAGUUAAAAAGAUGUUUGGUGGCUGGGACCCUAUAUGUACUGUUGAUGAAGUUAGGUGCUGUUCUGAACAUUAUUUGUGGCUAUAGAGUGGCGUUUAUGGCUCCUGAGACCACUGUGUAUUGCCAUCCUGUGGUUGUUACUAAAGUUGGUAUAACUAGAGAAGCAAGAGGUCGGCAACAUUCAUCUCUUGACGGGGUGUCUAACGUCAGUGUUACGGUGUGUUUGACUCUAAAUUGAUUUUAUGCCGGAAUAUCCCUUUAAUGGGCGGCCUGGAGUUACAACAAGUGGGGUCAGGCAAGGCUUAAUCAAGUUCGAGGUUUAAUCAAGUUUAAUCUGCAAGCAAAGCAUGGCUAACUCUGAGAAAGGACAGCUGGGUUAACACAAAGCUUAUUACCAACAUGCUGAUUUACUUCUACUUCCUGUCUUAUCUGUUGCUCAUAUAGACAGCAGAAUCCUGUUAUUCGAGGGUAACUUGAUAGGAUCACUAUUUUUCACCUGUAGCGCUCUGAUCCUCGCCCCAGUAUCCAAAAUGACUCUUGUUUACUGCCUGUCUUAAUCUGGGGCACAGCCAUUUUCUAUGGUGUCUGCCAAAUAGAGCGUUUUAACACUGCAAAAACAGUGCUUACAUAAUAACCCGUCAUGUCACUCAAACCUUUGUACCCCUAUGUCUCCUCUCCUAAAAGUGGAGCAGAGGAAAUAAACUGCUGAACCUCUUCGCUAAGUCUCAGCUUUUACACCCUCAGUCAUUCUUAUGACGCUGUCCCAGGAGCAUCAAUAUUUCAUGCACAAAAAAAAAAAAAUCUUUCUUUCAUGCCGUCUUGCUCAUUGAAGACCUGGCUGGCUUCGAGUCAUUAAAUUCCCCAUUCAUAUGCGCCACGCUGUGCCUCGCUAAGAAUAUCUUGUCUAAGUGACGCACUUUGUGACAGAAAGAGAGCAGCUAGUGAACGGUGAAAGUGGAGAGUCAUUUCUCACCUCUCGGGGGCAGAGCGGGCCUCCUCCGAGUGAACCCGGGACAGUUUGAGUAAAUACGGAGCAGAUGGUGUGAUCAUUAAGCAAAACAAACACUCCUUUGGUGCUUGUGUUUUCUCCACAGGCGGAGAAAACCCGGCCCUCUGUGAUGUGUGAUUCAUUUUCUCUUUGGUUUCACAUUUGUUUGGUUGUGAAGAACUGCGGCUUUGUGCGACCUGAAUCACUUCCCUUCCUCUCUCUUCAAAUCCACUCUUUCUCCUGUCUCCCUCUCUCUCCAUCCUCGUGUCAUUUGUUCUCCUUCCUUUAUUCAUUACAGGCUCGUAACUUUGCCUGACGGGUUUGGUCCAGGGCCGCAGGGACGGACAGUAAAGGAGUCUGUUAUUUAUUCUCCACUGUAUGCAGUAGAGACCUGAAAGCUGCAGUGUGCUGAUUAUCAGCAGAUUUAUGAUCAAGCAGCAGCAUGGGGAUGUUAUAUUGUACCUCCUACCUAUCUCCACUCAGUGCCGCUGAUAAUAUCAUAAAAUUCACUCUGAUACUUCCUGUUAAACAUCCACCUAUCCACAGAUGCAUACAGCUUUCCUCUCAAAUAACCAUAAAGGGGAGACGUGUUUGCACUCCACUGAUUCUCCACAUGAUCGACUCUGCCCUGUUGAACUCAGUGAACCCUCCUCACAUCUCAGAGACACAGAGCAGAGCAGCAAAUGUAGAGUCAUACUUUCACUAGAAGAGACAUUCUUCGGUGUCCUGAAAUUACUUGGAAUUUUUCAGGAGCUCAGACAACUACGUUUUCGCUUGUUCACACAUCUGCAAUAUUAUGCAUGAUGUCUUCCUGUUCCUGUAGGUAGGAGGGAGGACGCACGCUGUGAAAACUGCAGUGUAAAGUUGACAACAUGACUGCAGACAAAGAAACAGAGAUCAAUGAUGUGGACGCUGUUUAGCAUUUUAAAGACCAUAUGUGCAAUAGAUGGCUAUGCAGAAUGUCCAUGUAGAUUCUCAUUCAUCCAGGUCAUGGUUAUCUUGAAGACUUAAAAACAGGCAACUGGACUGUGUAGAGUUAAGAAGACGUUUCGCCUCUUAUCCAAGAAGCUUCUUCAGUUCUAAAAGUGCUAGUGUCAGCAGACAAGUACUCCAACAACAGAGGCAGUCCAAGCAGUAAGACAACGCCUCUCACAGGACAGCACACUGGAAGUCAGAACCAACUUAACCCCGGACCACAUCUGCUCCUUAUUGGACAUCUGCCUCAGCACCACCUAUUUCCAGUUCAGAGAGCGCCAUUACAGACAGAAACACGGAUGCGCGAUGGGCUCCCCGGUUUCUCCAAUAGUGGCAAACCUGUACAUGGAAGAGGUAGAGAGGAAGGCCCUAACCUCUUUCAAGGGAGCUGCUCCUAGCCACUGGUUCAGAUAUGUGGAUGACACCUGGGUUAAGAUCAAAACACAUGAAGUAGAGGCCUUCACUGACCAUAUCAACACAGUGGACAGCAACAUCAAGUUCACCCGUGAAGAUGUCAAGGACAAAGUGUUGGCCUUUUUGGACUGUGCUGUACACUUGGAGGCAGAUGGGUGUCUCAACGUUGAAGUGUACAGGAAACCAACACACACGGAUCAAUAUCUACUUUUUGAUUCCCACCAUCCUCUGCAGCACAAACUGGGUGUCAUCAGAACACUCAACCACCGGGCCGAGAACAUUCCCACGAAGAAAGAAGGUAAGGAAAAGGAACAAAAGCACAUCAAAAAUGCCCUGACAACCUGUGGAUACCCUAAGUGGGCCUUUGUGAAGAACAGAAAGAGAAAUAACACUGAACAGGGAAGGGAGGAGAGACGCAAGAGCACUGUAAUCCCUUACGUUGCAGGCCUGUCUGAGAAACUCAAGAGGAUCUUUGGCAAACACCACAUUCCUGUUCAUUUCAAGCCUGGUAACACACUAAGGCAGAGGCUAGUCCAUCCCAAGGACAAAACACAGAGACAUAAACAGAGUAAUGUGGUAUAUGCUGUCCAGUGCAGCGAGGAAUGCUCAGACCUGUACAUUGGGGAAACUAAACAACCGCUUCACAAGCGCAUGGCUCAACACAGGAGAGCCACUUCCUCAGGUCAGGACUCAGCUGUCCACCUUCACUUGAAGGAUACAGGUCACUCUUUUGAGGACAGCGAUGUACAGGUGUUGGCUCGAGAAGACCGAUGGUUUGAAAGAGGAGUUAAAGAAGCCAUCUUUACCAGGCUGGAGAAACCUUCUCUGAACAGAGGGGGUGGACUCAGGCACAAUCUCUCUGGCACUUACAAUGCAGUUCUCAGCUCUCUCCCCAGAAAGCUCCACAAACAUUCACACCUGGAACCACAUGACUCAGGUGGCAUGAGUCAUGCGGUCACAUGAUAGGAGUCGCUAACGACCCUUUCAGGAUAACGACUUGGGGGGGACACACCGAGAGAUGGGUUUCUACGACCCAUUCUUUUCAACUCCAGCCAGUCGUUAACUGUCCCCCUUCUCCAGUAAGAUAAAUAUCUGCUCCUGACACUAGCACUUUUAGAACUGAAGAAGCUUCUUGGAUAAGAGGCGAAACGUCUUCUUAACUCUACACAGUCCAGUUGCCUGUUUUUAAGUCUUCAAGAUGGCUAUGCAGAUAUUUUCACUGCUCUAGGCUGGAAAAAGAGUCUCCUUCUUUAAAGGGAUAGUCCGGGGUAAAAUUAAUUUAAGCUCAAACACACCGUAACACCAAGUUAGACUCCCCCUCUAGAGAUGAAUGUUGCCGACCACUUGCUUCUCUAGUUAUACCAACUUUAGUAACGACCGCAGGAUAGCAAUACAGAGAGCCACACGCUCAAGCAAAACGCCACUCUAUAGCCACAAAUAAUACUCAGAACAGCACCUAACUUCAUCAACAGUACAUAUAGGGUCCCAGCCACAGUACUAGCCACCAAACAUCAACACAACUCACCUACUCUCUUCCAGCAGCCGCUUGUUUGUAGCGAGACCUCAGACGAGUCCUUUACCAACAACAACGGGGUGACGCAGCUCAAGGAAGAUCAUUUAUGAUCAUUUAUUUAUCAUUUCCUUGAAGUAAUAAUCAUCAUAUUAAUCAUUUUGCACUGCAGACACAGUAGUUCUUCUGCCUUAGCGUCUCGGUCUGAUUGCAUUUCCAUGAAGAAAUGAUCAUAAAUGUUCUUCCUUGAGCAGUGCCACCCCACAGUUGUUGGUAAAGGACUCGUCUGAGGUCUCGCUACAAACAAGCGGCUGCUGGAAGAGAGCUCUCUGUAUUGCUUUCCUGUGGUCGUUACUAAAGUUGGUAUAACUAGAGAAGCAAGAAGUCGGCAACAUUCAUCUCUGGACUUGGUGUCUAACUCGGUGUUAUGGUGUGUGUUUGACCCUAACUUAAUUUUACGCCGGAAUAUCCCUUUAACUUUCACUCUAUUUACACAUCACAUCCCUGUGUUUGUAUCUCAACCCUGAAUUGUUGACAGGAAAAAGUCUGAGUAAAAUCAGGUCAAUGGCUGUUUGCAUUUCCACCCUAAACAGUUUGGAAAGUUUUGUAUUCCUGCAAAACAAGCCUGACAGAAGCGUAAUUUAUAAGUUUAAAGUGAUCUAAAAGGUCAAUCAGUUACUUUUGAAGAAGUUCACAUUGAUUUCUUAUGAGUCACUGAAAGUGUAAAAAGUGAGAGUUUGAUUUUUAAGUGUGGCUGUAGGAGGUACUCCUCAGUAGUAAGUGUGUUAGUCACCUCGGUCAGCUUGGCUCUUUGUUGAAAAAACAGCCAGACCAGAAGCUAUGCAAUCAACCGCUGGUCAGACAGAGUCAGCUCCACCAUGUAAUUUAGCUAAUUAUACCAAACUCCAACUAAAGCACUAUUCUCUGUGUCAGCGUAUGCUCUAUUCAGAAAUUUUUCAGCUCUUUACACACUUAAAACCCGUAAGAUUUUAUGCCUCCAUCCUCAGAUAUUUCUCUAAACAUGAUUAUUGAAUAUUAUUUGAGCAUUUUUGAUGUCGCAACACGCCCCUCUCUCAUAUCCCUGAAGAUGGCCGUAACGUACCAAUUUAUUUGUGGAGUCCUAGUUUGAAUGUUUUGGCUGUUGUGUCGCUGUCCUAUCUCAUCCGUCAGUCCACUCAUGCAUGCAUCUGUCUCUCCUCUGACUGUGUGACGACGGGAGUCAGACCACAUUACCGUCUCUCCGACAUGGCCGGCGUGGACUCAUCAAACGCCUCGAAUCUGAGAGCAGCAGCAGCACCACUGGGCACUUACGCUGCUGCUACAGAGCUGGAUCACUGGGGUUAGGCUAUUUCGGGAAGCAACAGUGGUCCUGUUGGCUCCAGAGAGCUGUGUGUGUGUAUGUGUGUGUAUGUGUGUGUUUGAUGGGGGGCAGCUGUUAUUACCGUGAGCCCACUGGCUUGGCUUUUGAAAGAUCUCUGGUAAUUUUAUGUCUCUCUAAACAUUGUAAACCAAUAACAAAGAUGUAAGCGACAUAGUUAUUCAGCCAGAGAGCAUCAUUAUGAUUGGUCUUUGAUAGAUUGUAUGAAUACAGAUGACUAGCAUGGCUCUGUUUUGAUUGGUGGUAGUGUCCACACAGAUGCCUAAUGUCCCCCUUUCAGUCUUAUCUGCACAUCAUUUAUUUACUCGUGUUUAACCGUCUAAUAUUCCUUUAAAAGAGUCCACUCAUCACUGUUUUCCCCCGUUUGUUUACAGAUCUCCAGAGUGCUUACAUCCAGACAUUCAGCCACAUUUCAGUGAGCAUCGCAAAACUUAGUGAGCCGUGUUAUUUUUGAGCAUGGUAUGGGUUUUUUAGAGUUACUUAAGGUUGCAUAGCAACACAAUUGCUCAGAGAAUUUUACAGCCACCUGCUGAAGGCCCCUUUAGUGAGUACAGACCCUGAGGCAGUGCUGAUGUCUGGUAUCAGAGAUGCACCACAGAUACAGUCACUGCUUUUCUGCUUACAUUUAGACAUUGCAUGAUAGAUGCAUAAAAGUUAAUGGCAUUAAUACUUAAAGUAGCUCUAUGUAUAACAUGCACCAAGUCCAUGUAGAGUAUUUUUUUUUUCUUUUUUUUUUUUUUUUUUUAUAGGUGAUGCAAGACAGGUGGUUAAAAAAAUAUAAACAGCACAAACAGACAAUGGAGACAAGACAAAGUGACUAGUACAGCAGGGACACAUAACAUUUACAUACAUUUAGAAGGUGUUGCAAGGCUGUGUGGUUGGGUGGGUGGGUGUUUUUAUGUGUGUUAAGAGGUGUGUGUGUUUGUGGGUGUGAAUUGCUCCCUCUUUUUAAAUUAUGAUGACUGUCAAGGAGAGAGUGAAGGAAGAAAAUGUAAGCAUUAUGCCAUAAUAAUAAUGGUAAUAAUAAUAAUAAUAAUAAUUAUAAUAAUAAUAAUUAUGAUAAAGCAAAAAGUGAGAGAGAGAGAGAGAUUAUUAUUCUACUCUUUAUUUAUCUUAAUUAUUUUUUAAUUUAAUUUUGUUUUAUUUAUUUAUUAUUAUUCUACUAUUUAUUUAUCCAAUUAUUUAUCCAAUUAUUUUUUAGUUAUUAUUAUUUAUUAUUUAUCACUCAUUUUUUAUUUUAUUUUGUUAUUAUUAUUAUUUAUUGUUUUUUUUUCUCUCUCUCUCUGUAGAGUUUGUUUCAGCUGUUUAAGCACUUUAGUUGCUUAAAAUCCAAUUUUAAGUUCCUAUUUGUGACUUUUGGUUUGUGUCUGUUUUAUAAUAAUAAUAAUAAUACUAAUAAAGCAAAAAAGAUAGAUUAUUAUUCUACUAUUAAUUUAUCCAAUUAUUAAAAAUUUAAAGGUCCUAUUUGUGACUUUUGGUUUGUGUCUGUUUUGGCGCCUCCUUGUGGAUAAAGCAGUAUCUUUAAUCUCUUUACAAAUCCUCUCUCAUACAUUUGCUCUGCAGUCCUUUAACAGUUAAAUUUUAUAGCUACUUGACAGAUAGAGAGGAAAAAAUAACAUCCAGCUGCAAUUAAUGUCUGCACACCCACAAUAUGUGACAUAGAUUUCUUGAGGAGUGUGCAGUGAAAAAGAAAAAACUAGCAUGCUCUGAUUGUUUAAAGGGCACUGAUACACUGUCAGCAUGCUGAGUACCAAGAAUCUAUUUAUAACAAGCACUGGGGACCAAAACUGAGCUCCACCUGCCUGAGACAAACAUCAUCCCACCUGAGUAAAUGCCUGAAUAAUUGGACAAGCGAGGUGAAGGAAAACUUCCUCUACAUGAGUGUCCCCGCUACUUCAAACCCCACUGCAACAGCUUGCUGUGACUCAAAAAUAGAUCUGUUGGGCAACGCGGGGAGACAGAUGUGCUACUCGAGUACGUGCCGAGGACGAGUGAGUGUGUGUGUGUGUGUGUGUGCAGCCAUACAAUAUUAAUGAAUAUAACAUUUCUAAGCUGAUAAACAAGCCAGAUUCAUUAGCUUCAGGAGAAGUUUAUUACCCACCAGCCAGAGCCGACUUUGUCUCUCCUUUCUUUUGUGAUGCAUUUAGACUCUGAGAGGUGAGUCAUACAGGAAUAAUUCUAACAAGGAAAUGCUGUGUGUGUGUGUCUGUGCGAGCAGAGGGGGAGGGCUUUUUUUUUCUUUGAAGAGUUUUACCAGUUUCUGUUUUUGGCUCGGCUGUCUCGGAGCAGAUGGUUCUGGAUGAGUUGUUGCCUGUAGUCAAGACUGAGGUGACACCAUCAGAGGGAAAAGUCAAGUUGUACCACUUCCUACGCUCAAAGGAAACAGUAUGGCUGUAUGAGAUGUUGGACAACAAAGUGUUAUACUCAUGAUUGUUUCUUUUUUAUGUUUUUGGCACAUUCUCUGUUGUGUUCACGGAUGUUGUUGCUCAUAUACCCUCUAUAUUAUGAGCCAAACAUUUCCAUUGGGAUGUCUGUAUGGACGAAAAACACCCUCUUGUCUUGAUCUUGUCAUGAAACAGAUUAUAAUGAAUAUUAAUAUGUCUAUAUGACUGAUAAAGCCUCUGGUGAGGGAUAGGUGUCAGAUUAAGCUGCCAAAACAGUCUUUGUUGACAUUUUUCAGUGAAACAUUGAAGUAUUAGCACAAAGCAGGAUGAGUUUUUUGUUAAAAAUAUGACUCAUGCAUUUACAGGAAAUAAUAAGCGAAGAAAACAAGAGCUAUCGAUUUGAACAGGCGCACCAAAAUCAAUGCAACUAAAAAGUUCUCCACAGGAGCUUGAAAAUCUUUACUAAUUUUCUCUAAUAUCUUUGUAGGAAAAUAGUGACUACUCUUUUAUUGCGAGUUUGAUGACACAUCUUUUAAAUAUGUACCAGAAACACCUCACAAACAGGUCCUGAAUGAGUCAACAGUUUAAGAAGAGAGCUGAAGUUCCUGUAUGUUGGUUUUUCUUUUAAGUCUUGUUAGGAACUUUUGGUUUGUGCCAUUUUUGGCGCCCCCUAGUGCUCAAGAGCGUUUGUAUUUACUAAACGACUGUUUAUUUUAAGGUUUUAUCUCACUUUCCUUCCACCAGGUGAUGUCCCAAGCAGAAGGCCAGCAGAAGAAUUUGGUCCAGUCCAUUGACUCUUUACCCACCAGAGGCCCUCUCUCCUGCCUAGACCAGGACCUCUUGCUGCUCAAAGCCACGUCAGCUGCCACGCUCAGCUGCUUGGGAGAGUGCCUGAACAUCCUCCAACAGACCCAGAGCCACAGCCAGCCACCACAUCACACUCAGAGCUCCGACCACAACCUCACGCCCCACGGAGCCCCCUCCGGUGAGUUCGCCCCAGGCCCUGUUCCAGUGCUGCUACUGGAGCCCCCGACCCCUCCAUCUCCCUUAUCCCUCUUGUCUUUCCAGUCCCCUCUUCCAGAGCCAGGCACCAGUGGCAAAGCUCAGCUGGGGCAGCUUGACUGUGGCUCCUGCCCCUGCCUGAUUGGUACCUUGAACUUCAAUGUUUGUAGUAAAUGCUGUUGAAUGUUGCAUUGGAGUGUGUAACUGUUGGUUCGACUCAUGUUUUUUGUCAUAGUGUGUAGAUGUUUGUGUUGUUCUGUAUUGUCAUCCACUCAUUAUUGUGUCUCUUCAAUGUCCUCAAUAACAUUGAAAUGCCAACUUCCCCAAAAAGGUAGUGCCAAGUACAAGCAUGAAUGUGAAGAGUGUAUGAACAACAUGAAUUUAUUGUCACUCUUAUUUACAGAGUACUUGUAUGUAUUUCAGAGAAUCUCCCAACGUGCAUGUCCGAAUAAAUCAGGGUUUAUGUGAGAAUGGGUAAACCUUAAUAUAGAUAUUAACUCUAUGCACUAUCAGUUCUUCUCAAGGGAUUAAGUCUUUGCCAAAGGAAUCCACACUGGUGCCUAAAAUGUCAGACCUCUGCCAUGUUUAACGCUCUCUGUGCCAGGUCUUUAUGGAUCCAAUAAAGUUAUUACAAUUCCAACCAUUUGAGGCCUGUGGGUGGUUCUAUCGACUUAACACCAAGGGUACGCUAGAGUCCGAAGGUAGCCUGGACAAAGGACAAAAAAGACUGGAUGCACAAACUAGACAGUGAAUCUAGAAGGAUCUUUUUAUUCCAUCAGCGUCUAAGAUGCAAAUCUUAGACAGGCUGUUUACAUGUCUCCAGGGCGAGAUAAGAGCUGAUUAAUGGAUGUACUCUACCAAAAAACUUACCUAACACUCACUAUGGACUUGGUCUGAAGAGGUAAAGUCUAGUUGGAUGGCAGAUGUUUUACAGCUGUUAUAAUGGAUCCCAAAGGCAAUCCAGAGGUUAAAUAAGAUGUCCACGGUCAAACACCUGCAGGAUAAUCCUCUACUCUUGGCAAAUUCCUCUUGAAAGUGGACUUAAUGACUUAGUUUGAAGUGUUAAAGAAGUAGCUUGACAAGUUUUCUUUUGAUGCUGAAUAAUCACUAAAAUCAUAAAUACCUGUGCUAUGACCUAAAGCAAAGGACAUUAAAGAGCUUUACCUGUACAGCUUCUUGCAGUUCAUGUGAAAUCAUGUAGAGGCAGUUCUUCUUUUUCAUAAGUUCGGCAGAAUUUUUGCCUCAUUUUUGGCCGCCUAUGUUUAUUUUUCUAACUGUCUAUGCUUUUAAAAUCCCUCAUGUCUCUCCGGCUGAGACGGUGUAAGAAGUUCAGACGUCCCCGAAGACACGUCUUGUAGAACGAAAUUAUUCAAGGUGGUUUGGGCGUUCAAACACCUCCAAGCCGCCUCUUUGUGGAGGUAUUCCAGGCACAUCCAACUGGGAGCAUAUCCUGGGGCAAACCCUAGAGAUGCUGACGGAGAGAUAUAUAUUCCGUUUUACUGGAAAUGCCUCAGGAAAAACUAAUGAAACGGCUUAAGAGCAGAACAUUAUGAGUUAUCUUGCUUAACCUGCUUGACUGUCAGUUUAGCCGUUUACAUACACAGUUCAGUCCAACUAUGGUCAUAGCUGAAUCAGGCAAUUUAACCAGACUGUUGUCCUUGUCCUAGCUUACAAACACCAGGCAAGAAUCCUAGCUAUCCUCAGCGACAAUAGCCAGGUUCAUUAAUACUCGGCCAUCCCUUAGUUGGCCAAAAUAAUUGACGGACGCGUUAGUGAAAGUCUCAUGGUUUGGACACCAACAACAUAACACUUCUUCCCAUUGUAGUUUCUGUAAAGCCAAAGUGACACCUGCCACCUCUCCAAGACCGUGUUUUUGGUGGAGCAGUGUCCAUCGCUGACUUCAGGAGGAUCUUUUAGGGUCUGCUUUUGGGUUUCAAUCAAUCUGCUGGUCCUCACAGUUUGUCGGUCUUCUCUUUGCGCCAACAGUCACCCUGCCCUGUACCUGUUCAUCAGACAGGGGGUGGUGUGGAGUGGGACCACCGGGCCGCAAGUACAAACCUAUUUCCUUCCGCUGCUUGGCUGAUAAGUCCUGUGGGGGUCCAUCUGCUCCCCGCUUUCGGCAUGUACCCCCCACACAUCAGUGAAGAGUUUUAGAUCGGAUCCUCGGUUUUACCGGGUGAUGGGUGGUGUAGCAUACUAGCAUGGGCAGCAUCCAGAUUUGAUGUAGCUGAUAAAGGGAGUGGUUGGCUGGUUGGCUGGUUGGUUGAACAGGAAAGCUUUUUCCACUGCAUGUUUAAGACAACUCUUUGGAGGAGAGCCUUGCAUGAGGUUGGACUGAGUUUUGCUGGCACGUUAGUCCCUCCAGGCUCAUUCAACAACAAAACCAGAGCAUUUGGAUGUAGCCAGCUGUAAUUACUAAGACAGUAAAAAUUUAAAGGAUUGUUGUAAAUGCCUACCUGAAACCUGCCAAUCACAAACCAGACAGCAUAUUAUCAGCUGAUGUCUUGGAGGAUCUUUGCCACUUGCGCUAGCUCUUUUUGGAUCCCUCCUCCCCUCCUUCCCUUUGUCAUUGCUAUGAAGAGCUUGGUUCCUUAAGCGUAAUUCUCCUUUCCUUUAAGGAAAUGAAAAUCCAUAAAGGAAAUUAACUUUGGUAACUACUUCCCUUUCAGCCUAACAUAAAAGCUGAUGCAUAUAAUGGAACUUUUUUUUAUUUUUUUGUACUUAAAAAAGAUGACUAACAAAAGAAAAGGGAAAGACUUAGAGCUGAAUGCCGUUGCAAAAGUUGAUUAAUGUCACAGCCCAGAAUAGGAAGGUAAAACCAUUGGAAACUGCAUGAAUGUUUGUCCCUCCACUGUUUGAUCUGCAACAGCCUUUUUAUCCACUUGCAUGCCUCUGUCCAAUGGUCCAAACAGCCCCCUGCUCACUGAGUAUUUCUACUUCUGGUGCUUCGUUGUGACAUCUCAGAGGAACUACCUCAUUUACUGUUCUUGCUAACAAACCACUAACUUGUGGUUAACCCUUUUUACAGGCAUGAGCUGUUUUCAGAAAUGUUUCCUUUAAAUAUCUUUACUAAAAAAAAAAAUCAAUUUUCUAUGUCUUGACAACUCACUCACAUCCACUGGCCUUCAGGCUGACCUCCCUCUGCUCAUUUCUCUGCUGUUCGGGAGUCCAGUUCUCUUUGAGGAGGUUGACUUACACUUUUCAGGUCCUGUCAAUGAAGCUGUCAUUUGACCAAAGCUGAGGCCUGGCCUGAGGGCUGGAUCAGCAGAUUUUGUCGAGACGGCUUCGCCUCAGGCUCACCAGCAUGUCACCCUGUGUCAGCAGAGCUUGCUUCUCACUAAUGGAUAUCAAAGACCAGCCUCUUGGUGCAUUAGACUUUUAACCCAAUUUUGAGUCUUGGGGCUUGAGAUAAGAGGGGUUUCACGAACCACUAACAGUACUUUGAAAUGAGAUCCACUACUGUGAUAAAUAUCAGAGGCUUUUAAAUGGGAAAAGCUUGGUUUUCUGAUGGAGUUGUACUCACAGGAGAUAAAAAUAUCAUCAGGGCGAAACAUGUCGAUUACAUUUUUAUUCUUUUGGCCUAAAUUGUGAACACAUUGAAGGUUUUACUCAUGACAGGAUAGCUCGACUAAAGCAAUAGUGUCUUGUUUUCUGUCAUUGAUACAUAUUUCAGCUUUCAGCUUCAGCUUUAACAACUAAUUGGAUGAAUUAGCAUACAUUUUGUACAGAUGUUCAUGGUCCCUGGAAGAUUAAAAGUAGAAUUUUGACAUUCAUUACAUUUUUUAAUCCUUGUCCCUGUUUAGUUUCUACUCAAUUGAUUUGCAUGAGUAAGUUAAGAUGGAUGUUUUUGGUCCUCAGAGGAUGACCUCCCAUGACUUGGGUCGUAGUUUGAUUUUCUCCUUUAGCGCAACUAUGACAUUAGCAUUUUUGGUUAGCCGGUUUACGUAGAGAGGCUACAGUCCUCGUUGGCUAUUAGGUAAAUUCCUGGUCCCUGCAGUAUUAAGUGUGUAGCAUCCCCUACUAUUCCCCCACAUUUCUUAUAUCUUCCUAGCUGUCCUUUUAGGCCCAAAAACUAAACGUCUAAAAAAUGUAGUUUGAGCGUUCAUGUGCCCUGAGGAUGAACCAGUACAGCUUUGGUGAUCCACUUCUCAUCCAACCCACAACCAACAUCAAACCCUGAACCUUGAUUUUUAACCAAAUACCUACAAACACACAAAAAUGAGCAUUCUCAAAUUUAGUAUGGGCUUGGGAUAGCAUGCUAACGUUAUCAUCAUGAGCAUGUUAGCAUGCAAUUGAGCAUGCUCCCAUCAGUAUACAGCUAAAAGCCAAGACUUCCAGAGCUGCGUCUGUGGCUCUAGACCCUUUUUCUCUGAUUCUUUAGUCAAAAACUCAAAUGAUGCAGAAGUCUUAACAAGGACGAAACACGACACAAACCAGAGAUGGUUCUCAAAUUUAAACUUCAAGCACAACCGACUGGAUUUAGCGGAUUUAGCCAAACCCUGCUGCGAGCCAUGACCUCAAAUAAGACCACCAAGUUGAAUCAUCAUCUGACGGUUCAUCCCUGAAGACAGCAGAGGAUGAAAAGAUUAUGCGUACAUUUUUUAACGCCUACAGCCGCAGGAUCAGAAUUACAUUACAUGAGGCAUAUCUAACAAGAAAGGAUUAUAACACCUCUAUAGGAUGUUUACUGUUUUUGACCUUGAAGCAAAGUGAAUCAUCUUUCUAGUCAUUUCAGCAUGCCUGACCUUAAGAGAGUACAUACAAGCAGAAACACAUGCAGAGUUUCCCGAUGUCAAUCACACUCGCUCUUUUCGAUGGCAUUUAAGAGAACCUUUUUAUUAAAUGUCAGAAAUGAGAAGGGUUUAGUCUGAUCUGAUAUAUCCCUCUUUGAUUUUCUUGCUAGUAAUUAGCCGUUACACACAAACACAAACCUAAAGAUGAAACUGUACAGCAAUAAAUCUCAAGUAUCUCCUCCUUCUCUCUGUUGUUGACUCAAAGAUGUACCCGGCUCUGACUCUACCUUGUAAUCUUUCAGAUGGUGUUCCUGUGUGGACUGUACCAAAGUCGCCCUCAGGGGAGCUGUUGAAGAACGGAGGUCUGACUCCUCUACGAUCAGCCGAGCCCUCCCCGGCCUUCAGGAAAAGGAGUCUGUCCCAUGGUGCUGAGGUGAGAAACACUGAGUCGUACUGUCAAUUAUCACCUCUCUGUCUCUGUGCUGUCUCACUCCUCUCUCCUCCCACCAUGUCUUGUAGUGUUUCAGAGGAGAGACUGAGUCUUCUCUCUCGGGCUGCACAGCUACUGUAAGAUAUAUUGCAACUGAAAUAUUGAUGGGUGGGUAGUGGGGAUUUGAGCGAGGUUGCAGGAGCUUGUUGCAAAAGUGACAGGGAUAUCUUUCAAGGUGCAUAAUUAGAUUAGAUUUAACACUUGAAUGGAAAUUUCCUUCAAAAUAAAGCUUCAGCAGAAUUCAACUUCUGUAUAAUGCAGAUAAAUACUUCAGAUUAUUACAAAUGGGGCCCAGUCAACGUGAAAGUAAACAGCAUUGGUGCUACUGUAGAUGCCAACAGACGACCAGCAAACACAAUGUUUGCAGGACUUCUACAACUAGGAUAAAGUGACAUAAUCCAGGACCUGAGGUCAACAGUUUAGGGGCGCGACAACACACAGCAGGUCCCAUUUGACAAGAAACACUUCUGUUACACUCGGCUUACUUUGUUAAAGCGGUUUACCUGUCCAGCAGAAAGGUUAGAGGGUCUGUAAGAUCCCCUAAGUGGCCCCGUCAUUGUUGAUCCGACUUUUUUAGCUCUUGUCCGGAUAGUCUACCUCCUUUUUAAGCACCUAUUAUUCCGCCAGAGUCUCAAGUAUUUACUUCGUUUUCUUGCUUGUGUUGGCAGUCGUGGCCAAAGGAGGAUUCAGACAAUUUUCUGUACUUUCUGGUUGGUUUCUACUGUCCGAUAUUGUAGCACACUAACUUUGUUUGGGCUCCUGAACGACACGGGAGAGCAGCGUACGCCUCACAACCAAUCAGCACUAAAGAGCAGCGUACGCCUCAUAACCAAUCAGGUUGGGGGAGGCGGAGAAUUGCUUUGUUUACAGUCAGAAAGAGCGGAGCGCUCUAAAAACUUUAAAUGUUGACUACACAGACUUAACAAAACAUAGCGAUAUCAUUAUAUUACCAAAUGUCAUCAAUGACUCAUAGCUGUUGACUGAUAUUAAAAGCUUUUUUGUAUAUACUCCACAAAAAAAGAUGCGGCUUUAACAGAUUCCUGCCUACUCAACCUUUAAGUAUCAUAUGGACUCUUUGGAGGAAUAUAUAAUUAAAGAAACCAAAUUCAGGAGUUAAAUGCUGCUGAAGAUGAUAAAGCUGUUUUAUUUUGAAGACAAUUUUCCAUGCAGAGCAAAAAAGGGGUGUUAGCAUAGACAUAAAAUAUGUAUUAGCCUUUUUCUUGUAUUAGGUAAGUUGCUGAUCAGCAGCUUAGUCGCUCAUAAUUGAUUUCAGACUCUCAGAAGCCCUCGGAGACAUGCCGACGAUUAUGUAUUUUCUAAGAAAGACUGCUUGCUUUGAAAUGCUUUUCCAUUUCGUAGAAAUAAGCUGACAAGGUUUUUUCUUUAUGGACGACCUUAUCUUUUCAAGUAGAUUUUGCUGCUGUUAUGAAGUGAACUGAAAGUCAAAAGCUUCUUACACGAUGAAAAAUGUUAAGAAUUAAAUCAAAGGUUCCUCUACAUCCUUCGAAUGCCAGGAAUAAAUCUGCUUGCUGUGAUGUUCAGCACGUUUGCUUAUGAUGCCCGGUGAGGGAAGCACUCAUUUGCUUUUGAAAGUUUUAACAGAGCUGCUGUCAAAUAAGUGGGUCACACAGCACAGAGCUGGAACUGAGCCCACCCCAGGAGAGGCCUUUAUGAAUUCCUGCCCAGCUUGUCCACUCCAGAGAGGACCCGGCUGUCUGACUGGACCACCAUGUCCUAGAGAGGAGUAAUAGAGUCCAGGUUGCUCUGACGUAAUGGUGUGUCAGGCUGUCAGAGAUGGGUGAAAGUGAGCGGCUGAGAUGCUGCGGUUUCAGUCCCAGACGGAAAGCAGAUGUUGUGGAAUAUUAAUAUUCUCAGCUGGAACAACAAGAUCAGAAAAGAGAAACUUCAAGACAAAUGUGAGACUGUUUGAAACAACAGAAAAAAGUCAAUUCGCACUGUUAUCUGAUCUCGGUUUACUAUUUUGUGUGCAUGUGUCAAUCUGUGGAGCUUGCUUAGCUGAUCGUUCUGGCAGGACCUGCUGCGUAACGUCAGGUAGGUUAGCUGUCAGGCUGUCAAGGAAGUGAGGGUUUCCUAGAGAGCAGCAGGAGGGUUACAGCUUCUUGGUGAAUACGCUGCAGAGUUAUUUCUUCAACCCAAUUCCUGGGUUAUAUGUGUUGAAUUAAAUUUCUGGGUUAUUUUUCAGAUCCAUACUCAUUUCUUGGGUCAUAUGGAUUCUGUUGUAACCCAAUUUGAGGGUUUUUUGAUUGGGUUAAUAAUUAUGGGUUAUUUUUCUGAGAGUAACCCAAUAAUUGGGUCAGAAUGUUGGGUUCGAUUGACUCUACGUGGUUUCUAGGCCUGAAAGUUACCUGGUGACCUUAUUGGGGUAGCUCGGGGUAGCUACUCCAAUAUACAUUGGGCGGUUGGGUUAGCUCAGCAGGUAAAGCAACUAGCUCCCACCUGGGUGGUUGGGGCUCAAAUCCCACAUGAGACACAUCUGUAAGGAGUGAAUUAUAUCCACCAGUGUGGGUCUUUAGGCAAGACCCUUAGCGCUAUGGACCUACAAUCAGUUAGAUUAAAAAAGUACAUGGGGAAAUAAGGUUCAGGUUGUAGAAGCAAAGCUCCCAAAAUAAGCUUCCCAAAUGCGUCAAACUGAGUCAAAUUAACUCGAACAUUGGGUUAACUUGACCCUUAAAAAGUGUUAUUGAGUCAGCACAAAAUUUGGGUUAAUUUGAAUAACUCAACAUUCUCGGUCAAAAUAAACCAAUAAGUCGUCGGUCCCUUUUCAACCCUGGUGUUGGUUUUUUUUAGAGUGCAUUAGUGUCCAUGCAUUCAAAAGUCAUGUCGUAUGUAGAAUAGAAUAAAACUUUAUUGAUCCCCCAAAGGAGAAAUUCAUAUUGUCACAGCAGCAACAGAUAUGACAGGAUGCACAAGAGGUAUCAUCAAAAUAAAUAGCUAUGACAACAAAUAAAUAGUUGACGGUAAAUUAGAUAAAAACCUCAAAUCUCAACACAAUGAAUAACAAGAUGAAGAUUAAUAGAGCGGGUGUAAUGCCACGCCCUGUCAUCAUUAACCUUUGACAGGUGGUAAACUUUGACCGUUACUUGUCAUGACUCCCACUCGAGCAUUAAGGAGAAUGGCGUUGUGUUAAAUUUGAUCACACUAAAUCUCACCACAACACCAGGAAGCAGGGAGGGAAGCGCCGUCAUGAGAGACACCACAGCGCCGACUAAUCUGUCACGUUAAUGAUCAUUUUUCUCGACUGACGUACGAGUGCAAAUGGGUAUUUCUGUGUUGAAGAGUCAAACCAUUUGCAGUUAAUUGUCAAGCUGCUCGGUGUACUUCAUCGCGCACAAUUAGGACCGGGGGAUGAGAGGGCAGCUCAUAAUGGUGAUUUGGCACCUUUUAAGACGUUUUGGACAGUAUUAUGGCAGUUAUGAUUCAGGAGGCCCGGGCCAACCAACUAAUAAUCCUGCCACAUCAUCAGUAUGCUAUUAGGAUACUGCGCUCCACUAAUGAGGUGGUCUUCAAUGGGGUACUGAUAUUAAAGCAAAUUCAAGCACCUUUGACUCAGAAUCAUGAGGGUGAAAAGAGGACAGGCUGUGUUUGUAUAACAAUAAACCCUGUCCUUUAUUUUGAUAUAUUUGCAGUAUGAACAAUUGAAAGUUUGAUAGCUUUGUGGCCCUUUCUCAUAACUCAUCCAUUUUAAAGAAAUAAAAGCUAAAUACUGAACACAGAUUUGCAGGAUUAAGGGUGUCCAAAUCCCGCCCAAACUCUGUCUCUUUGUCUGUUCAUAGUUUUUUUGAUAGAGACAAUGCAAAUUACAUGAUUCAACUUCUGCUUAAUACAGUCAAGCUGUAGUUAUCAUAAGGCUCUAUAACAAUAAACAUAACACAUUAUAAUACCUUACUUUGUAAGUCAUGAUAAAAUGCUUUAUAAUGUGUUAUGGUUAUUGCUAUAAAGCAUUAUGAUCAUUUAUGAGGUUUAUGAUGACAGUAAUACAAGUUUAUAAGCAAAUUAUAACACAUCAUAAAUAUAUGUAUAAUGCAUUAUCUAUGUGUGCAUUGUCAGUGAGUUGGUAACAGUUAAAACACAUUAUAAUACCUGACAUUGUAAGUCAUGAUAAAAUGUUUUAUAAUGUGUUGUGACUAUUGCUAUAAAGCAUUUUGAUAAUUUAUGAGUGUUUAUAACUAUAAUUAUACAGUGCUAUAAUGUGAUUAUAACACAUUAUACAUAUAUUUAUAAUGCGUUAUAGAGAUAGGAGUCACGUCAAGUAUUACCCAAGGGUGAUAUAAAACAGCACUCACACAAUAACAAAUAACCAAAGAAUAGUGAUAAAUGUCAUCCAUCCAUCCAUCCAUUUUCUACCAUUUAUUCCUGUUCCCGGGGUCGCGGGGGAGGCUGGAGCGUCCCUCGGACACCCUGGACAAGUCGCCAGUUCAUCGGAGGGCUGACAUUCACACCUAUAGGCAAUUUGAAAGUGGCCAAUCAACCUAACCCCACUUGAUUAAUGUCAAUUUAAAACAGAAAGUCACAGAACAACUUAUAGUCUUUAGAAGUUCUCAGAUAUCUGAUAUGAGGUUGAUCUGAUGUGAGGUGGAAGUAAUGCUGCCUCAAAAACAUUGUUGAUUCUGCGUCCGUUUUUUAUAUAGUCUGUGUUGUAAACGUGUGCAUGAACUGUUUGACCCUACACCAGACGGGUCAAAAUAAUCAAUAUUAGCAACUAAAAAUAGAAAUUGGCAUCUGUUUGCUGACAAGGUGAGGACGUCAAUCUUACAGGAGGUUAUUACUUGAUUGAUUGGUUGAUAUGCUGCCUUUGAUGGUGAACCAAAAUGAUAAAUCAAAGUUGAAUCAUUUCUUAAACUUUAUAACAUCUUUAAAUAUAUCGAACUCUGACCUAAGUGCCCGCUCACCUCUGCUGUGUGUAGAUGGUUUACCUAGUCUUCUGUGUAGGUGUCGUUUCUUAUUAAGAGACAUUUCUCCAUGACACAUUCAGAUUUAGACUUUAUACCUCUCUGUCACUGCUCUGUGAUAUUUGGCACUCUCCCUCCUGCCUGUUUUUCUCAGCUCUGCCCAGCAGCUCCAGCCAGAUUUCAUUUGAAUCUUCAAAGAUACUUGGCCUGAUGUUUGAAGACGGACCAUAAGAUGAAGGAGAUGUGUUUGCAGAUUGUCAGAACGCAUUAGAUCAGCUUGACAGUCUGUUUUUCCUUCAGCUUUAACAUACAGCUGAUGAAUGUUUAUGUCUCUGUGUGGAGGAGAUUGAAACAUCCACACACUUGAGGUCAUAUUAAGACAUUAAAAGACACUGAUCAGAUGUGCAGUCAUGUUUACUUUUCUAGUUUGUAUUAUUUUUAGGUGAUCUAGUGAGACAGAUAUGAAGCCACCUUGUGGUAGGAAAGCAGACUGCAGAGAGGGUUAACUAUUAAACACUUUGAGUCACUGAAUCCUGAAGAAAACCGUGUCAAAAACAGUAUCUGACAUCAAGACUUAGUAUGCAGCCAACCGCAGGAAGAAGAGCGCAGACUUGAAUAAUUAAUGGCUGUUAUAAAAUGUUCUGGAUCAGCUUCAGUUUCAGCGUUUGUCACCUCAGCUUAAAAUAUGAACAUUAUGUUUGUGUCCAGGACUGCCCAAGGUCAGUUCUUUUUCUAAUCUCCAGUUUCUUACUUUGGUCGCAUGCCAGGUGAAUAUUUUACCCCUAAUCUUGUGAGUGCAAGAAAGAGGAUAUAUCACUCCAGAAUAAUAAAGGUUAGCUAUUUGAAUUAUUUAACCCCAAAAUGGCAUUUAAUAUGCAGUUCUAGUGUGCAGCCGGCAAGGGGAGGCACGUGGCCGGUGCAUGACAGCACAGGGAGAAUGAAGGAAAACCUGCAGGUGCUUGCAGAAAUCAGUGGGCUAAAUGCAUUCGUAACAGCACCAGAACAUCACCACGCUCUAUUAGCUGUCCCUUUGUGCACGUGUGCAGCUGCUCAGGAUCAAUUUCACUAUGGUGAAAAACAUGGUUUGAAGGCAGGGAAGGACAAGUCUAUAUUAGAUACACAUUCACCUCAUCAAUUUGAAACACUCCAGAAAGACAUCAGCCAAAAAUUUCUCGUUUGAUCAAAUAGGAGUAGUAGUAUUAUGCUGCAUUUUCUUUCUCAUGAGUUAUAGUUCCUUGUUUAUUCCAGCAGAGGGCAGCAUAGUCCUCCACUAUGUAGUUACUCCUGUUUUGAUUCACAUGUGAACACCACAUUUGUUAUAGCACUUGAUCUGAGGCAAAUACAGAAGACUUUGUAUUUGUGGUUGAACAUUUAGGAUCACAACCUGCAGUAAAAGAGCAAACUUACUUUUAUUAACUGAAUCAUUUCGUGUUAGUCAGGCAUCAAUAAUCAGCCGGAGCAUUAAAAAAGUGCUUACAUUAAGGGGCCUUGGUUUUACCUGAGUCUUAUUAACUGGCACAAAGGUCUUGGUCUUGUCCGUCCCAGGGUGAAAACUUCAAAUAAAGAGCUGUGUGUUCUCAGGUCUGAGCUCAGCGUGGAAAAUUUCAACCCAUGACUCACUCUCAGCUCUCUAAUCCACUCUCUUUAUUGAACUCGGGAUUUACUUGAGGGAUUCUGGAAAAUACAGGCUGUAGGAAAAAGCCUCUCUUAUGUCUCCUACUACAGUCUAACAUAAACCUUAAGUUUAACGUUUGAGUAUGUUAAAAACAAAGGUACAGAAUGAGUAAAAAAUACAUUAAACUGUUCAUUCAUUUAUUCCUCUUUACCUGAACAUACAGGACUGUUUGCACAGCUGUUGUAAAUCUAGCUUUUUACAUGAAUUUACAAGUUGUUCAGAUAUGUUGACUGUGGCAAAAUCGAAUGAAAAAUCUUGCAACUUGUUCCAGACAUUCAGGUGAAGAGAUGAUUUAAUGCUUUGUAAUUUUGAGUGAUUGAAAAAGCAUGAAGCUGAGAGGCUUUUAAAAUCAAAUGAUGAGGACGACAAGAACCCUUUCUCAAAGCUUUCAGGAAAAGAUGUCUGACUCUUGAGCGAAGAGUGUAAUUUCUGUAAGAGUCUUUGACAGCAAAAGAGCAGCUCUGAAGAGACAUUCAUUAUGCUUUGAGUGAAAAAUGGCUUUCAGAUUACCAGAAUUUUUUUGCUUUCUGCAGUCAUGUCCGUGUAUUAAUGCUGGUUAAGUACUCAGCUGAACACACUGGCCACAUUUUAUGUAAGUUUGUGUGUCUAAGUGUGAGCACUAAAACUGCUGUGUCUGCACCGGCUGUGUUUUAUAUCCUCUCAUUAGAGGCUGAGCUGAUGAAACAGCUCAUUAUGAUUUAUAUAUGAAGUGCUGAGACUUAACAUCUCAGCCCAACUUGCCUCAUGUUUUUAAGGAGGUGUAAGAGAUUUGGGAGGUCUGAUUCUGGCAAUGUUUCACCCUCUACCCUCUCCCUGACAAUUCAAGUGAUAUUUUAUAAUACUGUGGUCUGAGCUGCUGUUUGAAACACAAGUGUCUGAUAUUUUAAAUCAAAAGGAAUAGUUGGUCAUAUUUCAAGUUAAAGCUCCUGUAAGGGACUUUUUUUGCUUGUUGAUUUUGGCGCCCCCUGAGGAUAUUGUCAUCUUAUCCUGCUUUAAAUGAGCAGUGAAAACUUACUGUGGAUAUAUGCUGUGGCCAUCUCAGUUUGCUGUAUAAUCUUGUCCGUCCCCUUUAGUACAGGAAUAAAAAAAAAAAAAAAAUUCAAAGAUAGAUAUUUGCAGACUUGUUGUAAUCAAGUCUUGUUUGCUUUUGUAGACUAUAAAAGACGUCACUGUUAAUAUCAAUCUGUUUUAUAAUGAGUCAAAAACUCCACAUGCAGGAGCUUUAAAAUAAAAUUUUUAUAAACUUUUAAUUACAGAUAACAGGAAAUGUUAGCAUUAACCCCAAUGCUAGCUAUUAUGACUAUUUGAAAAUGUGACUAUAAGAAAGGAAAAUAAAAUUCUGGAUAUAUUUGUUUUUCAUCUGGAAGACACGAUUAAGAUUUUAAGUUUUUGUUGGUUAUUGCUUGAAGAUAAUUGAUGGUUAAAGAAUUUUAGUUCUUUAAAUGUUGAUUAAUUGUUAAAUGUUGAAAAAAAAAAAUCCCUGCAUGUAUCAAGUUUGUAACCUGAAAGUCUACUUUAGUUUUAUUUCUUAACAAAGCACGUUUCAGACCAUUUGGAGUCUAUAGGUACAAAAAAAAACACAAUGUCAAAAUUGUAGGCGUAAUAUGAUAAAAAUAAAGUUUGACAAAAAAAAGGUCAUAGUACAGGAUGUCAAAAUGUCAUAGUAUAGUAUGAUAAAAAUGUCAGAUUUUAGUAUGAUAAAACUUCCAAAUUUUAGUAUGAAAAAAAAUCAUAGUAUAGUAUGAUAAAUAUAUCAGAGUACAGUAUGAUAAAAAAUGUCAUAGUAUAGUAUGAUAAAAAUGUCAUAGUAUAGUAUGACAAAAAUUUUACAUUUUAGUUUGAAAAAAAGUCGUAGUAUAGUAUGAUAAAAAUAUCAGAGUACAGUAUGAUAAAAAUGUCAUAGUAUAGUAUGAUAAAAAUUUUACAUUUUAGUUUGAAAAAAAGUCGUAGUAUAGUAUGAUAAAAAUGUCAUAGUAUAGUAUGAUAAAAAUAUCAGAGUACAGUAUGAUAAAAAUGUCAUAGUAUAGUAUGAUAAAAAUUUUACAUUUUAGUUUGAAAAAAAGUCGUAGUAUAGUAUGAUAAAAAUAUCAGAGUACAGUAUGAUAAAAAAUGUCAUAGUAUAGUAUGAUAAAAAUGUCAUAGUAUAGUAUGACAAAAAUUUUACAUUUUAGUUUGAAAAAAAGUCGUAGUAUAGUAUGAUAAGAAUAUCAGAGUACAGUAUGAUAAAAAAUGUCAUAGUAUAGUAUGAUAAAAAUGUCAUAGUAUAGUAUGAUAAAAAUAUCAGAGUACAGUAUGAUAAAAAUGUCAUAGUAUAGUAUGAUAAAAAUAUCAGAGUAAAGUAUGAUAAAAAUGUCAUAGUAUAGUAUGAUAAAAAUUUUACAUUUUAGUAGGAAAAAAAGUCAUAGUGUAGUAUGAUUAAAAAUAUGAUAAAAAAGAAAUUGUACCUUGAAUUUCCAAUGAGAAUUUUUUGAAUUUAUGAACUAGACCUAAACUUAUUUUGAUGCCUUUUUAUAAUCAACAAAAACAAACAAGACCAUGAACGAUAAAUAUGACUGUCAAGAGUCAGAAGACGCUACAAAUGCAUGUUUGGAGCAGGUUUACCAUAGACUACUUUAUCCAUAGGGGGCGCCAAAAAGUUCCUCACAGCAGCUUUAAAAUGCUGCUGACAGGGGACAAACAGCUGUCAUUUUACUACGGUGAAAAUGAAACACAACAUCACAAAGAGAGAGAAGGCAAAAUAGGUAAAGAGGUAAGAUAUUUAUUUAUUUGUUUAUUAUUUAGAGAGAGAGAGAGAGAGAGAGAGAGAGAGCGCAUAUUCUGACCUCUUCAGACUUAUUUCUGUCAUAUUUAACAUCUAUACAAGAAAUACAGCUAGUAAUUAAGAAUCUAGUUUAAGAAGGUUUGAAAUUAGGAAACAAAAUUUAUAAGUAUGCCCUCCAUGCACUAGUGAUGACUGAUAAUGCAAGUUAUGGUUCUUUUAGUUCAGCACCCAAAGGACUGCAAAGGGAAAUCCACUUUUUCAAAAGCAAAGCUAGAGAGAGGAUGCUCACUGUUAAGAGAGGGUAGCUAUAGUCCACUGUCGCCUAGCUCUCAGGUGAUGUUUGGGCCAAAAAUAAAUGAACCAGCCUGUUCAAACUGUGAAGCUAAAGGAGUCUUUGAAGUGUGAACAUGAGCUCAAUGCCCUACGCACACGCUGUCCCCUGAUGACUCUUGAGAGAGAGGGAGACAGAUUCAAGAGAGAUGAAGAACAGAAAGCAAGAAGAAAACAGUACCAAGACAGUUAUGGAGAAGGAUGCUGAUGAAACAGAAUAGUGGAUGGCAUGGAUAAGGAGGGUGAAUGGAAGAAACAAUGACAGAGAUGACAGUGUGAGGGCGGAAGACAGGGAGCAUGAAUUAAACAUGAUACUGGAGUAAAUUAACCACAAUCUGCUACCGGCGAUCCUCGGCGAUAGUCAAGGGAAUGAGAUAGUGAUCUGGGACCAAGACCACACCACCAUAUUUCAUGUACCCAGAGUGCACUGGUACCAGAAUUAAGUCUCUACAGUGUUGCGUUUAAAAGUUAUAGGCAAGCUAAAAAAUCCCCAUUUAAAUGAAUGGAAUUGCCUGUGGCUGCUACCUUUUGAAGCAAGAUCGGACACAGUUUUUCUAAGUGUUUAGGGUUAGGGUUAAAAUGACUAAAAUGACUGAGCACAUUUCAGACCAUUUUGAGUCUAAAAGAACCAAAAAACGUGGAAAAAUGUCAGAAUUGUAGGUGUAGUAUGAUAAAAAUAAAGUUCUGGGAAAAAAGUCAUAGUAUAGGAUAAUAAAAAUGUCAGUAUUAUAUGAUAAAAAUGUCAUAGUAUAGUAUGAUAAAAAUUUCAAAUUUAAGUAUGAAAAAAGUCAUAGUAUAGUACGAUGAAAAUAUCAUAGUAUAGUAGAAUAAAAAUUUCAUAGUAUAGUAUGACAAAAAAAUGUACAUUUUAGUUUGAAAAAAAGUCAAAGUAUAGUAUGACAAAAAUAUAAUAGUAUAGUAUCAUAAAAAAUGUCAUUGUAUACUAGGACAAAAACUUCAAAUUUUACAACCAAAAAUGUCAUAAUGAAGUAUGAUUAAAAUAUCAUCGAAUUAUGACAAAAUGUCAUAGUAUAGUAAGAUAAAAAUAUCAUGAUAAAAAUGUCAUAGUAUAAUAAGAUUACAAAAACUACAUUUUAGUUUGAAAAAGUCAUAGUAUAGAUUGAUAGGUCAUAGUAUAGUAUGAUGAAAAUGUCAAAUUGUAAUGUUCGACUUUUUUGAAAAAACUUACGUUUGAGUUUGAAAAAUUAUAGUAAAAAAUCAUAGUAUAGUAUGAUAAAAUUUUUAUAUUGUAAUGUGAAAAACUGUCAAAGAAGAGUACGAUAAAUGGAUUUGUUAUGACAUUGGUGUCACCGUGGUGUAAUGGGUAGAACUUUGCCUUUCAACAACAAGGUCAUGGGUUCAAAUCCCAGUUAGGUCUUAUAUAAUAAAAAUAAGUUAUGAAAAAGAAAUUAAUCAUAUAUUAGUAUGACAAAAAUAUCAUAGUAUAGAAUCAAUAAAUAUCAUAGUAUAGUAUAAUUCAACUAUCACAGUAUAGUAUAAUAAAAAAUGUCAUAGUAUACCAUGACAAAAAUUCAAAAUUUUUGUACGAAAAGAAGUCACAGUAAAGUAUGAUUAAAUUACCAGAGUAAAGUAUUUGAAAAAAUGGUCAUAGUAAAGCAUGAAAAGAAUUAUAAAUUUCCGUACAAAAAAAGUCAAAUUAUAGCCUGAUAUAGAAUGUCAUAGUAUACUAUGACAAAAACUUUUAAGUAUUUGUAUAAAAAAGUCAAAGUAUAGUGUGAUAAAAACUUUACAUUUUAGUUAGAAACAAAUUCAUAGGAUAGUAUGAUAAAAACUUUACAUUUUAGUUUGCAAAAAAUUCAUAGUAUAGUAUGAAAAAAAUGAUCAAAGUAUAGUAUGUUAAAAAAUGUCAUAGUAUAGUAAGACAAAAAUUUCAAAUUUCAGUAUGAAAAAAGUCAUAGUAUAGUACGACAAAAAUAUUAUAUUAUAGUUUAAUAAAAGAAAUGUGAUAGUGUACUAUGACAAAAACUUCAAAUUAUAGUACAAAAAAGGUCAUAAUGAUUUAUGAUAAAAAAUAUCAUAGUAUAGUAUGACAAAAACUUUACAUUUUAGUUUGAUAAACAGUAAUAGUAUAGUACUGCAAAAAUAUUAUAGUAUAGUUUAGUCAAAAAAUGUCAUAGUAUAGUAAGAUAAAAAUAUCAUGACAAAACUGUCAUAGUAUAGUAAGAUAAAAUAAUUCACAUUAUAGUUGUGAAAAAAGUCAUUAUAUAGAUUGAUCAAAUAUAAUAGUAUAGUAUGAUAUAAAUGUCAUAGUAUAGUAUGAUAAAAAUUACAAAUUGUAAUGUGAAAACACACUAUCACAACUAUCACAACACAACUAUCAUAGUAUAGUAUAAUUAAAACAUGUCAUAGUAUACCAUGACAAAAAAAUUCAAAUUUUUGUAUGAAAAGAAGUCACAGUGUAGUAUGAUAAAAUUAUCUUAGUAUAGCAUGUGAAAAAAAGGUCAUAGUAAAGCAUGAAAAAAUUACAAAUUCAAGUACAAAAAAGUCAUAGUGUAGCUUGAUAAAGAAAUGUCAUAAAAACAAAAAUAUCAAAUAUUUGUAUGAAAAAACCUCAUAGUGUGAUAAAAAUAUCAUACCUAAACACCAUAGUAUAGUAAUGUCAUAGUAUAGUAUGAUAAAAAUAUCACAUUUUCAUAUGAACUAUUCAGGAAACUCCUCAAGCAUGAAAAAUAUAGGGUGCGCUAGCGAGUAAUUUUUCUUUUCAUAAUUUCUUCUGUUUACACAUCUCACCUUGAUGUGAUUAUUUUGAUUUGUGGAAAAGAGUGUUUGUCUUACCAUUGGUUCCAAUCUUGUACACACCAAAUCCCUCUGUGCUUAUUUGAGAGAGUGUGGAAGAUGCCCUCCACAGCGCUUACCGAAACACUUUUUGAGGGGCUGCGUCCUGUUGCCAUCUUGUGGCGUUGCUGUCUUCAGUUAUGUCUUCCACUAGUUUACCAAAUUUGCAAUAUGCCUCACCAGUGGCCGAUUUAAAGGUGAGGAGAGGAGCUGAUGUGAUUGGUAAAAACAGGACUCGGCUGUGUUAAACCCACUCCACGCCUUCUUCCCUCCCUCUUUCUUACUCAUGUAGCUGGGAGGAGCUGAGUUAGGGAGACACCUCAUUGCACACCUCAUUGAUGCGGCGGACCUGACCUACGCCGUGCCCACGCCACACCAAAGCAUGAAACUAGAGCUCUCAGAGAGAAACUGCAAGGAAGAGGGGGUUUAAGUGUGUCGAUGAGUCAGACAGACUCUCAUUUACCGCAUACACAUGGGGGGUGUUUUUCUCUGACAUUAUGCUCAGGGUGGGAAUCUCCGGUGCAGCUGGACUGUGGGCAUACUGUGCUCAUUUACAGCCUUUAAACCCCUCUUCUUACAGCUUUGAUAGUAGCUUUGCAGGAUCGAGAGCACAAAAAUCUUUACUUCUCUCAGAGUGGUUACAUUUAUGAUGCAAAAUCAGGAUUUGAGCUAAUCUUGUGCAGAUCCUGCUUAGUUCUCAUAUGAGUUUAUUGAGUAACACAAUCAAAUGCUAAAUUUGGCAGAUGGUUAGCCAGUGGUGAGAGGCUAAGAAGCUGUAGUGAUAUGUACACUGUCGCAGAGUAUUUCCACUUCUGGUUGAAUGUUCAAGUAAAAUUAAUGCUUUAUUAAUGUUUCAAAUGUGCAAACUACCAUAGAAAGCUGAUUCACUGAGGUGUAAAACAGAGAACUAGACAGAGGUGUGGGGAAAAGAAGGUAUAGGAGAAAGGAUAAAUGCUUCAGAGCGUGUAAGAGGAAUACAGGAGGGAGGAGAGCGCGGGGAAAAGUGAUGAAGAUGGCAGGGAGGAGGUAAAAAUGGAAAGAGAUGUAAGGAAGCACGCCAGAGGGAUGGUGGGAGGAUGCAGAGGGAAACGUCACUGGGACUUUCCCUAAGCUUUUCUCUCCCCCCUCCUCCCUGAUUUGUCAGAGCGGGUGGUGGGAGAGACUCUGCAAGUCACGCACAGCGGCUCACCACCUUAACUCAGCCACAUUGUGCGUCUCUCCAACAAGAGCCAGGACUAACCAGGCAGUAAAUUCAGUUUUUAAGUAGAGUUUGUUUUUCCAUCUUUGCUGACCUUAAGGAUUGGAAACCUCUCUGAAGAUACUUUUCUGACAAGCUUUUCUUUGAGACUUCACCUCACUGAUUGGAUUUUACACUGAUUUAAACCUCGAGGAAAAGGGACAUCUCUUCCUUUCCUGGAUUUGACUGUUUCUCGUGUUGAGUCAUUUUCCUUUUUCCUUUUUUGGAGAUGAGAUCCAGCUUUAUGCCCAUCAAGCCUGUAGCUACACAGCAAUGCAGCGUGAGUGUUUACAAGCUGAUGUUUGUGCGCCCGUGUCCUCACGUGGUGCGCUGCUAGUCCUCGCAUCUGUUUUUUUGGGAGGAGGUUGAAAAGGGAAGUUGCAGCCUGAGGGUUUACCCAGAAUGAACUUGGAUACAUUUUAGCAGUAAACAUCACUUAUCUGUAAUGUGAAGCAGUUUUCCUCCGACACAGAGAGUCUUUGUUGACUUCAUGAAUUUUAGAACAAACUAGCCGGCAGGGCUGGUUCUGCUGUUAAACAUUUACAAGCACAGCAUCCUUAAAAAGUUGCUAAAUUGGUUUGAAGGAAAGUUGGAUACUUUGGCUCUUCCUCUUUUAUGGAAGAGAACUCUUAAUGAUAUUAUUUAAUUAACAGGUACGACUUCCUAAUGUGGAGCAAUUUGUAAAAGGGUGUAACUAAUUGCUUUAGUGGUUGCUGAAUCAAUACAUACUAAUGCUUUAUUGAUCAUCCAUUAGCUGUUGAUAAAACUCUGUGCUUGCCAGAUUGUCUGACUGAUGUUUGGUUGUGUUAUCCUAAAUUUACAACAUAUUCUUCUGUUUUACUCAUAUUUUUAGGGCUUCUGUGAUUUCUCCAUCACUCAAUAACAAAAGUCAAUCAUAGAUUUACGAAUCUAAAUUUGUUUUAGAUUAUCAUCAGUCAUAAUAAUAUAUAAAUUUUCUCCUUUAGUCAAUUUUUUUUAACUUUAGCUACAGCAGGCACCAGUUCCCAGGGGAAAAUCUCUAGAAAUCCACUUCCUAUGCACUUCCUGUUUAGUGCCCAAACAGGAGACAGCUCAGGCCUUUCCAAAAUUGGUCCCUCCCCACUUCUAAUCCAUCACACAGUGAAUUCACUUGAAGUCAGCUGAAUGAAGUAACCCUUCAUCAGGGCGGAGGGCAAAGUUUUGAGACAAACUCCAGGAAACAGGAACUUUAUGUAAUGUUGUUUUUAUUUCACUCGAACAAUAAGUCAUCUGCAUAGAAAGAUGUUUGGCAGGAACAUUUAGAUUACCUCACAAUAUGUGAAAACACUCCCUUCACUUUCGGUCCUCUUACAUGUCUAAUCCUUUAUAAUCUGAUGUUGAUGAUCCGCUCAGUUGUUGCAAGUCCGUCCAAAAAUAAAACACUUCUUAAUCAAACAAACACUUCUACAACAUCCAGUGCAAAGUGAGUAAAGCUGUGCCACAAAAAGUUCAACUGCAAAGAUAUGUCAAUCCUCUUAACUUUUUUUCUGCUGCUCCCAAGUGACUAAAAGCUCUGUCACAUAUGAAGGACAAUUUUUUUUAAAGGCACUGUUAGGAGUUUCUACCUGGUCAGAAACAGAUUGAAACUUACACCGACGCCGCCAUAUGACCUUCAAAAGCAAAAAAAGACCAUCAGCAACAACUCUGGUCAAAAGUGCGAGGAGAGGGCAGGUGUCAGACAAGAUGAAAAAGUAGCUUUUUAUAUUUUUCAUACAGCAAAUAUUUGUCUUUUUGUCUGAAAACUCAAUUUUCACAUGUACAGGACAAUAAAUAACAGGUAUUAUUUGGCCACAGGGGGCGCCAUUGCUAAUGCAAACUAAAAGUUCCUCACAGCAGCUUUAAGAUACUGCUUUUGGGAGAUUGGAGUAGUUUUGUCACCGCUGAGUAAAAUUGAUAAUAAAACGGUAAAAUAAUCAAAACCACAGCUUAUAAGAAAAUGCUAACCAACCUGAAUUUUUAGAGUAAUUUAAGGGCAACUUGUAUGUUGUAACCUCUUUAAACUUACCUGUAAGGCUUUAAAUAUACAUGGCAACUUUGUGUAGAGCUGAAGGUCUAUCACUGUACAUGAGGUCUAUAGUAUCUGCUAAAUGUCAUCAUUUUUCAUGGUUAUUUCACCACAAGCUAUUUCUUUUACACUUACACUCUUUAUAACUGUUCUACCACGCACUUAUGUUGUUAUGGCAGGAAAUCCCUUGACAAAGUGACCUCAAAACUACUCCAUCCAAGUGACCCCAAUCCAAUCCUGAUUGAAUUUAAGCCCCCAACCCAAACCUGACCCCUACGUUAACCAGCCUGCUGUGUCCCCGACUCCAGUUUUAAAGGUUAUUUACUUAUUUUCAAGUUGUUGGAUCAGAAAUCUAGAACUAACCAGUCUAAAAGUAACUGAACAAUCAGAAGCUCAACAGCAAUAAACUGAGGAUUAUGAAGUCUGGGGAUAAACCACAUGCCUUCAGGUCCCUUGCAGAUUAACUCCCACAUGCUUGGGCUGAUUACACAUUUCCCUAAUUAUAUGCUUGUUUAACCACACACAGUACACCGAUAUACAAUUUCAUCUCCAUUUUUUUUAAAGAUCAAGAUAUUAUCUGUCAUGUUUUUUUUACAUCAAGGUUACAGAGCAUUACAACAUUAUGGCAGAAACUGGAAUAACAGUCUGGGUUAGAGGCAGGUGGCUGCUUCAGGCAAAAACAUGUGACCAGCAUUAAAUUAGUCACUUUUAUGUGAGCACAGUUAUUAACAUAAUAAGAUUGAAAUAGAAUGUCUAAUGAUGAAUAUUACAGAGAUAUCAUGUGAGUCUUUGGUGCUAAAAUUAAAGGUUUGUGUUGCGAUGAUUAAAUCAGCAGCUCAGACUUAAACCUCUUCAUUCUGGACACUUUCACCCCCUCAUACAUGUCACUCCCACACACCUCCUCUGCAUUAACUCAUAACUUGGGACCCAUUAUUAAUCACUUCUCGACAAGUUCAACCGCAUUAAACUGUCUUUUUAUAUGUAAUGACAACCGCCAGGUCGGCCAAAUAGAUCCACAGGAGGGUUUUACUGCAGAGUUGCUCCGACCUCUUCAUCAGUAAUUUCCUGUUUCUGUCAAGAGCCUCUUUAAUUAGUCAGAACCUCUGGAAUCAUAGCAGUCCUCCCCCUUCAGUACCUCCUCUCCACGGCUAUAUUUAUCACCGUGCUUGGAGAACAAACCAGCUCCAGGGACUCCUGCUCUUGUGUGUUCAGGCAUGCUCCCUCGUGUGUGCUUUUGUGAGUGUGUCCGUGUAUUAAGUGUGAAAUGUUUCGGCAGGGAGCGAGUGUGCUCAGGGUGGAUAUGUGGAGCUUUUUGCAUACAUGCAUGGGAUGAAAUAUUCAGGUAACAUUCGGGCGGGCACUCUAGUCUUGGAAAUGCUUUUCUCUCUCUCUACAUUUCUGCUCCCUUUUUGCAGAAACACUCCAUGCGGGUACAUUUCCCUCAUUAUUCGUUAUUAUUUUGCUUUUCUUGAAGCAGCAGCUUUCCCAAAAUGAGAUGCUUAGUUGGAAAAAAGGACAUGCUCGCACUGAACAGGGGUUUAAACGUAGGACAAAGAGCGGUACAGUGAAGGGGGGUGCACAGAGAGUUGUUGUUGCCUACAGGCUUGAAAGCACUUUCUGCAUUAUACAUCAGCCUCUUUCUUGUUAUGUUUUUUUUUCUUCCCUUCUUCUUCCUUCCUGCUCCGUGUAACUCCAGGAGAUAUCAAAGGCAUCAGCUCCUUCUUUAACAUCGACUAGAUCCAUUUCCAGUUGAAUGCUGGAACACAAAUGCAACAUGCAGCAACAACUAGUGCUGUGUAUCGUACAUCCAGAAAGGCAUUGUGGAGGCCCAUUGUCAAGAGGCACUCAGGCUGCUCAGGGGCAUGUAGUACUCCAUAGGAAAUGCUGAAAGGGGGAUUGAAAGGUGGGGUGACAGAGCUUAAUAGAGUAGAGGAGUGGGCUGUGAAAAGUAAAUGAGGUUGUGUCCUUUGGUAUUUAUAGGUCGACGCUCUCACAGGUCUGUCUGUCCUCUAUAUGAGUCGGGUGACCUUAUGGUAGGUAUUGACGGGGCUGUAUCGGUGAAGAGCACAGCAUCGUCCUCUCGCUCUUUUCUCUUUCUUUCCAUGUGACAGAAAGCGUCGCAGCAAACAUCACCGUGUCUGAGAAUAUGUUAGACAGAGAACAUUGUCAGACUCCUGAUUCAACAAAGAGUGUUUCUUAGCAGUUGCGUGGAAGGAUGUUUGUUCAGUCCAUAAAACCUUUAGGUGUCACCAUCUUUGUUAGUUCACAACAGGAUUAUUAAGGUGUCAUUUAAAUGUCGUGUCUAAGCUUUAGCGCAGCCACUAUUCUAGCUUUAGCUCUGGCUAAUCGUCCCUCUUGCAAUGCUGUGAUACUCUACCGUCAGUAUGUAAACAAACAGUUGGCAUCUCACUGCACAGUGUGAUUGGGCAGUAUUUUUGAACUCACAACAAUACAAAUUAAAUUAAGUAAAUCAUCUACAUACUCAAAAGAUGAGAUCGGCAAGGUGGAAGGUGUUACAAAUUUUUAUGUUACCUGUUUCCGCAGCACCAUGGAGGGCUAGAAGACAUCAGCCCCUCUGAAGAGGUGACAGAUACGGAGGAUAAUGAAGAGGAGGACCUGGGUGUCCUGGAUGACCAACGGAGCAUCAUCCUCCACCUGCUCUCCCAGCUCAAACUGGGCAUGGAUCUCACACGGGUACAGCAGUAAAACUCACUUUUAGAAAUGUGAUCCCCAGGAGCCUAGGGUGACAGAUAAGGAAAGCCAUAAGCAAAUCUGCCCGCACAAACAUUUGUAAUCCAUGUGCACAAAUUAUGAAAAUAUCAUCUCAUCCUUUCAUUCUCAUAAUCUUUCCCAGGUGGUUCUACCUACCUUCAUUUUGGAAAAGCGAUCACUUCUGGAGAUGUACGCCAACUUCAUGGCCCACCCUGACAUGUUCCUGUCAAUCACAGCAGGAGCCACCGCCGAGGACAGAAUCGUCCGUUUUGUCGAGUACUACCUGACCGCUUUCCACGAGGGGCGGAAAGGAGCCGUGGCCAAGAAGCCGUACAAUCCGGUGCUGGGAGAGACCUUUCAUUGUUCCUGGGAGGUGCCUUGGGAUAAAGUCAAACCUUUGGUCAGAUCCAAUCAAGGGUCCUCAUGGGAGCCGACAAGGGGGUCCAAUAACGCACAGCAGGGGGACGAUUCACCAGGAGGGUGCUAUAGGGUUCGGUUCGUGGCCGAGCAGGUUUCCCAUCAUCCACCUGUGUCGGGGUUUUACUGCGAGUGUCGGGAAAGGGGGAUGUGUGUCAAUGCCCAUGUGUGGACCAAGAGCAAGUUCAUGGGGAUGUCCAUAGGAGUGUCCAUGGUGGGAGAAGGUGAGCUGAACAACGACUGAAAGGGAUAUUCUGGCGUAAAAUUAAGUUAGGGUCAAACACACUGUAACACCGAGUUAGACACCCCCUCGAGAGAUAAAUGUUGCUGACUGCUUGUUUCUCUAGUUAUACCAACUUUAGUAACGACCGCACGAUAGCAAUACACAGCCGUCUGAGUAGCCAUAAACAAACCUCAACCAAAACUAUAGAGUGGCUCUUUGGUUGAGCGCGUGGCUCUCAGUAUUGCUAUCCUGCGGUCAUUACUAAAGUUGUUAUAACUAGAGAAGCAAGCGGUCAGCAACAUUCAUCUCUUGAGGGGGUGUCUAACUCUGUGUUACGGUGUGUUUGACCCUAACUUAAUUUUACGCCGGAAUAUCCCUUUAGGAAAUGCUGAUAAGAUGUGAUAAGACUGAUAAGACUGUCAGAUCUGAUACUGUCAUCCUCUGCCUGAGACACUUCAUUUUGGCUGCUUUCCCCAUGAUAAUUAACUUUGGCUCUUCUUGUGGGUGUUACUUUUUACACAGCUUUGCAAUUACUAAACAACCCAAAACUCAUGCCUCUUAAGUCUGAGGCGUUUUUUAGCAAUACCUGCAGUUUAAUGGUCCCUGCAGUGGUUCACAGAAGGUCCUAAAAGAUGGAGCCGUGCCAGGUUUUCACUUGCAGUCGAAGACAAAAUGUCAAAGAAUCAUUUAAAAAAAGAAAUGCUGUUUGUUUGGCCGGUGGUCACAGUGUCCUGUCCUUUAUGAAAGAGCCUGAGACCUCUCCCAUGGCAAUCAAUAAUCCAGUCCUGGCUGUCAGCGCCAUCACGCUGCGCUCUGCAGACUGACUUUAAUGAGUCACCCUGAGCAGAGAGAAACAGGAAGUCCUUGAGGCCGAUAGACUGAAUCUGGAUACCUGACCUGAUUCGUUCAGACACCGCCGCUCAGUGUUCCCGUGAAUACCUGUCAGCAGGUCGUGACGCAGCACUCCAUCAUGUGGUGCAGAGGCUUGUGCUACCGUCAGAGAACAUGGCGAAAAUAUCGAUAACUGUUUUUCCAGCGGUGGCUGCUUUCCUGAUUGCGGUUGAUUCUGUGUUAUAAACGGCCGAGACUUGACGGACUGAGAGUGAGUCAGCAUGUCAGGAAAGGAACACAUGAUGGAGUUAUACGCAAACUUAUGAUCGGAUGUAAAACAUUAGGUGAUAAAGUUUCAGUUUUUCCACAUUAGGGGUGAGGCAGAGAGGCUUCCAGACCCAGUUUGUGCAGACUUUCACCUCUCUGUGAAGAAGGUAAAACCAGGUUAAGUAACGUGGGUCAUAACAGUGAGGAUUUAAACCUCGUCUUCAAUCAGCUGCAUAAAAAGUCCUUAAAUAAACUGAAGUGCUGAGACUGUAUUUCUUUUUAAAAUAUCUUCAUGACUGUCAAACUUCAUAACUUAACAUUCUUAGAGGAGCCCUUCUGCAUAAUUCAUACUUUGACUGCUGAUACUUUAAGUACAUUUUAAUUACAAAACUUCUGAAACUUUAUUCAAGUAGAAUUAUAGAUGCAGAACUUAGUGACUAUUUCAUACUUGAGGAUUUACUUUGACUGGGAAGAAAUACACUGGAUCUCAGUUAAGGCUCACCGGCUGAUCUAUCAUUUUUCUUUGAGGAUAAAAUCUUAAUAUGAGAGAAAACUGGAACAUUCCCAAAGUUUAAUAAAGGCGUCUACACCGGGUAAUUUCACUCCUUCGACCCUAGAUGCAGACACGUGAGGUGCAGAGGGGAAACAGAAAGACGUUGUUUCCAACAAAAUAAAUCCACUUAUGCACCAACAGGGUGACUCAGACGAUGACUAACUUGUGCUCAGAGUCAAUCAGGAGUUUUAUGUUUUAAUGCCUUCUCCUCUGGGCCUCCUUUCACCGAGGACACACAGUAUACACUGCUUUAAGGAGAUAUCGGCUGGUUUAGUGCAAAGUGUAUGCUUUUGCAGUUAAUUACCUAAAUAUUUAACAAUUUUUGCAGCGGAAAAAGAAGGCCUUUUCUGCAUAUUUUUGAUCCCAUCGUGAUUUUUUUCUCUCCUCCUUUUCCUUCUCUUCCCAGGGGUCCUCUGCCUCCUCGAACACGAUGAAGAGUACGUCUUCACGCUGCCCUGUGCCUACGCCCGCUCCAUCCUCACCGUGCCCUGGGUGGAGCUGGGAGGUAAAGUGUCCAUCAACUGCGUGAAGAGCGGCUACUCCGCCACCGUCACCUUUCACACCAAACCGUUUUACGGAGGGAAGGUACACAGGUGAGUGUUCAGAAGUGGUUAUUCCUCGCAGAUAGACAGCGUCUAUCAGAUCAGGUUUUACAGCAAUCUCUCUCCGUUUGGCACACUCAGGGUGACGGCAGAGGUCAAACACAACCCCACAAACACCAUCGUGUGCAAAGCUCAGGGCGAGUGGAACGGCACGCUCGAGUUCACCUACAGCAGCGGGGAAACCAAAGUGAUCGACACGGCAAAACUCCCCGUCACCAGGAAGAAGCUCCGACCUGUGGACAAACAGAGCAGGACAGAGUCGAGGUGAGGAAGGAUGAGAAGUGCCAUUAAUUGCUCAUGAAUUUCGCUGUAAUUAAUCAUUUGUGUCCUUGCAGGCGGUUGUGGCAACAUGUCACCAAGUCUUUGAAGGAAGGGAACAUGGACGAAGCCACGGAGCACAAACACAAACUAGAGGAGAGACAGAGAGGAGAGGAGAGGCAGAGAGCAGCUGAUAAUAAACCCUGGACUCCUAAAUACUUCACUAAAGAGGUAAAGUGGAGGCGUAUUUGAUUGUAGUCGCUCUGCUGCAGGUUUCCAAGAAGAUUUGAAGGAUAACUCAAUUUUUAGUUACAUAUGCUAAUGCUGCUAUGGUGCCAGAUUCUGAUAUUUUACUUUUCCUGGUAUCAUAUUUGUAUUUUAUUAUGUCAUGUCAUGCCAUGUGUUGUGGCAUCAUGCUGUUUAUUAUAUUAUAAUGUGAAUUACUCACUUCUACAACAAACUGUCAGGUAUAUUGUAGAAGUCUGAGUGGGCUGAUUCAUCGACUACUCAUAGCCCUCAAAGUGUCACCAAAAGUGAAACCAAAAGAAGCACAAAAACAUUUUAUCUUUGUUUCACUUUAAAGAUUUUCACUUUAUUGUCCCCUCGGGGAAAUUUGCUUUGCAGCCUGGUAAAACUCAGGUACUCCAAUCACAGCGCGAUAUUUCAAAGAAUAUAUUCAAGAACGACCAAAAGUAUAAAUUGUCCCGUCAGCAGCGACCAGUAGUUAGAAUAUAAUAUUUCAUGAUGGAUUAUUUUUCAAGAUUUAGUUGCCUGAUGGAUUGUGUUAUAAAAAAAUUCCUCAGCCUGUUGGAGUCUUGAUCUCCUGCCAGAAGGUAGGAGCUCAAACUGAGUGUUCAAAGGAUGUUCUGGACUCUGAACGAUGUCCUCAGCUUUGGAUUUUGCUGUUUCCAGAAAAGUCUACAGACUACCCACUGAGCAAUAGAUGCUAUUAGACGUCUAGUUUUUUAUAGACCUAAUUUCAACCGUCUGGAUUCUGUAAAUUUUUAGACGGAAUUUAGACGUUGUACUUUAACCGAUAACUUUUUAUUUCAAAAAGCAACUGUGAGUUACAUAACUGAUCUUCAAGUACUUAACCAAAAUAAUUAUGAUGGCCGUUAAGCAAAAUACAGUGUAGUAUAGAUAAAGCUCAGAUUUAGACUUUCAUUUUUAGACCUGUGGUUGCCUGAUUUUAGACCAGUCCUCUAGUCUACAUUUAGACGUCUAUUAGACCUCUUUCAGACCAAAACAUGCUCAGUGGGUAUGGUCUUCAACAAUGCAGUCUAUGCUUUUUUUGUCAAAUGUGAGGACAGAUUCCCCUCCUGCAUUGUCAAAAAAGUGCUGUCAGCUUGUUGUUCACUCUACAGAUGUGGAUUUAAACUCCUGUGGCCGUGCAUCUAUAAGAUAUACUGCAAAACGUAAAAAUGUUUGCGAUUACUGACAUCUAAAGGGUUGCCUAUCUGAUUUCUGGAGGGUGAUAACACAAAAGCAGACAAAAAAAACUGUGAAUUUAUUUUAAUGUACCAUUUUUUCCCCUCACAUGUUCAGGGAGACGGUUGGACCUACAACAACCCGCUGUGGAAGUCGACCUGACAACAAAACAACUCCCUGAUCUCACGGACAAUAACCGAGCCCGUCUCUCCACGCUGAGGUCAGGAAGUCAAGCAAAGAGAGCGGCGAGCUCUGUCGACCGUUAAACCUGAACUAUGAAGACUCUCAGAGUGACACAAAAACAGUAAAACUCGCAAGGUGCCAAAGGGAUCUCCACUGUUUUAACCAGGACCAAGUGGUUGGAGCUCUUGGAACAGAAGUAGAUUUUUAUAAAACGAGUAAAUAGUAUUACUAUUCAAAGUAGAGUAUUUCUAUUUUUCACCUUGCCAAGGCCUUUUUUGCACACGCACAGUGAUAAAGUUUGCCACAGAUGUUGUUUUUUUCCGUUCCCAGAGCUUUUAGUUGAAAAUGCAGCGUUAGAAUGACUCGAAGUUUCCUGUUACACAUAAUACUGUAGCUGUACAUGAGUUGUUUCUCGAAGCACUUUUCCCAUUGAAAUAAAUUAAAUAUUUUAUAUCUAUAGCUUUUACCGAUCAGGGUGGUCUCUCAGAGCUUACCAAAAAAAAAAGAACAUUGAAUAUAAAUCAACAGGUAAACAUUAUAUUAUGUGUUAGUAUGUAUUAUUAUACAGUACAUUACAGUGAGCUACUAGAAAGUGAUUGUUUUGUCUGCACUAUGAAUGUAUUUUGGCACAUUUACACAUAAUAAGAUGCUAUUUUUCCCUCUUUUCCUGUUACUACACAUGCAGUUUUGCCCUUUUAUUUUGAAGGUCUCUCCACAUGCAUAAUUUUCAGCCCCUGAGUUAGAGUCAGACCUCUCACAUCUCCAUUACUACCUCUCUUAUCCUACUAUUCCAGCCAUUAGCCUCUUAUUAGUCCAAAACGAAACACAACAAAAGCGUUGUGUUGGUGGCUAAUUUCUCAGUCCUUUAAUCUUUUUUUUCUUUGUUUUUGUUCUCAUGCCCUGAAGAUGGUAAUUGUGUAAUUAGACAUCACAUACCUCCUGGAGUUCAUACUUCUUGUUAGGUUGCUGUGGUGAGGGAUACGGAUGAGGGGGGGCUCAGAGAACACUGGGAGUUUCCUCUGUGAAGAUGAGCAGAUAAUCCACCGGGACAACAAUCACAAAGCAGUCAGAUCCAGAAGGAGAUGUGUUUAAAGCUCAUGUUUUUACAGUCCAUACCUCACAACGACAUGGCCAAUUUCUAACUGAACAGGUUUUUAACAUGUAUCCAGUUCAUUCUGCUUUUAAAUGAAAAAAGAAAUAUGUUUGCCUAUUAUUUUUUGCCUCUUUUUUCAGUUAAUUCCUCACUUGAUCAUUCAUGAAGUCUUUAAAGCCAGGUGAAAUUACCAGAUGCCUCUUUGUAGCAGAUGCAUUUACAUGACAGCAUACAGAAUAGACUUUCGACCAUCCAGACAACUUGUGAUCUGCAGAAAAACCACUGUUCAUUGCUGUUUUACAACACUUCGCCUUACAUGAGAGUUAAGCUUUUUGUUUUUCUUUUAUAUCCAGAAAGGAUCCACUGAAGUAGAUAGUGAUUGUGAUAAAAGAGGGACUGUCCAUAAAUAAAGACCUUCUACUUUUUCUAAUGAAACAUGUCAUCUUGUAGUGUCUUC